CUGCCAGAGGGCAGAGCUGAGGGAGGAAGUGUAGAAAAACUGUGCUGAAAUUGAGACCUUUAUUUCCUCUCUGAAAGAACAUGGAUAAGUGUUGGGCACUCAGGCCUGAGACUGGGCAAGUACCUAGGGCAAGUGACAAGCAGGCAGAUAGAAAUGAGGUCAUAUGGUGGCAUCGAAGAGGAUCUGAUCUGGUGGUAUUCCUCGAUGGCAGUUUGCUUAAAAUGAAGGAAGACAGCAAGUGAGUCCUGGGGUGGUGACCAAGGGGAUGCGCUGUGGUGUUGUUGCAAGCCCCCAAAGGCUAUAAAAACUCCUAGGUCUGUGGCCAAUAAAACUCAGGAGCCGGGAGGAGAUAAAGUCCAGCCAUUUAUAACUUUCCAAGCAAUAGGUCGGAUUACUCCGCAAAAACUGCAGCCACGAUUCAGUGGUCUGGGGGUGAUAUUUAUAAGUUUUUACACAAAGCAUUUCAAUUUUCUCCAAUCAUAUGCAUAGAAGUAUUUCUCAUUAUCUCAUUCAGUUAUUGGAUACAUUUCGUAUCAGUGCACUUGCGCAAACUUAGCAUAAGCAUCGGCUGUUUUGCUAUAUGGCCUCAGUGUAGAAACAUUGUGUUACAUUUUUAUAGCAAAAUCUAUUGUGCGUUUGUUGAACCUACAUGUACUAGCUGCGUAUGUGCUGCAAUAAAGAUCUUAGCAGCUUCUCUUCCCAUGGCAAAGGGCACUUGCAUAACAAAAGCUUUCUUGGCAGUUUCAAAGCUUUUGCAGUUUCUUAGAAUUUUCUUAAAGCGAUAGGCUAUCAAUUUUUAGGCGCCCUUGGGGCCCCUCCCACAGUGUGAAGGCCCCAGGAAUAACAGUUGGUCAUUCCCUCCCCCAUCUAGCAGUCCUGGUGGCACAAGAAACAAGAAUCCACACAGUUCUUGGUUUGAGCCCCAUAACAGCUGAUAGUAAGGAUAGUAAGGAAAGACACAAUCGCAUACCAACAACUUCUACACAGCUCAGUUGUAUGAAUAAGUAAAAAUGCCAUCUGAAGAACACAACAAAAGAAUUAUUGACUCUUGGUUGGUGUUCCUUUCCAAAAAUUACACCAAACUCCUCCAAAAAUCGUUAUUUGAGUUUCUGGCAUCUGAAAAGGAAAUGAGCCACAUGGCACAGGGAACAUUUGGUAUAAAAAUUCCUUUCCACUCCAUACUCAUAUUGUAUUAGCAACAUUCAGAUGUGGUGCAGUUCAUGGAAGUUUCCCCAUCUCAAAGGUAUGGGCCAAGAAAAAAGUUUAAUGCUAUAAAACUCCAGUUUUUAAAAAUAAAUAAAUACGGGGCAAUUUGGGGACAACAUCUAUAACUUUCGACACUUAAAAAUAUUGCGCAGGUUGUUUUUGAUGCAAGGAUCAUGUAUUUCAAAUAUGCAUGUACUUUAUUAAGCAUUUUUCCAUGGUGUAAAAAAUCCAAGCUGAAUGUCAGGAAGGAAAACACAGAAAAUCUCUUUAAAUGUUUGCCUCCAUAUCCCCUUUUAUUCCAUUCAACAUUUGAACAAAUUAAAGUGCUCUCUAAAAAUCCAUGUACAGAUGUGUUUUGAUGGAUGUAUUCAAUGAAAGGUACUAUUUUUGACUCGGUAUGCAGGCUGUGUUUUACUGUAAGAACACUGUAGAAAGUUAUAAAGGACUAAUUUUCUGUAGAAAUGCUUAAGAUAGUUAUUGGCUUAAAAUUAGUUUUAUAGCUUAUGUAACUGUUGUGUGCAUUGCAUUUUAUCAUUGUAAAAUGCAUUUAUUUUGGACUCUGAUGCUGGCACUGUUUGCCAUAGCCAGUAUGGGGUGUUGAGAAGUAAUGAAUCAAAUGUACACACAAUGCUGCUCUCUGUGAGGAAAAGCCACACCAGGGCAUGGGUGGCUCCAUAUAUGUAGACUAUGCAUGCAAUGUGUCAAGAAAAAAAUCUCAAAGCAAAGUCAGUGGUAUCUACUAAACUCUCUUGGCAAAUGUCUACUUACUUCGGAGUCUCCACAUUACAAUUACCAGUUAUCUGUAGGUUUUCCUGUCAUCAACACCCACUUCUUAGUUCUCUUCCAGAAAUGCGGCUCUUACGUGGCAUGUGUAGCAUCUUCUCCCAUAUUGAUUUUCUGAUCCAGACCUCAUAUCCUAGUGGAGGAGUCUUCAUGUCUGGCACCAGAAAUGAAUGAGAUAACAUCAACAGCAACUGUCUUAACUGUUAAAAGACCUACUAAUAGCAGUAGCCAAUGCUUCCAUCUUGAUAUCCAGUUGGCAUUAGGCAGGCAUGGCCAAACUUGGCCCUCCAGAUGUUUUGGGACUACAAUUCCCAUCAUCCUUGACCACUGGUCCUGUUAGCUAGGGGCGAUGGGAGUUGUAGUCCCAAAACAUCUGGAAGGGCAAGUUUGGCCAUGCCUGGCAUUAGGGAUGGGGGAGAAAGUCAACUCAGUAUGCUUUUAAAGGAAAAUCUAUCCAGUUCAAAUUUUCCAAAACAGUAUGUGAACCAAAAUACAGCUACCCUUCAAAAUGCACACUUGCCUGACUUUCGCAAAGUUUUCCAACCAAGUAAUGUUUACAAAAAUGCAUACAUUGGGGGGGGGGGGAAUGUGCAUCAAAUGCACAUAUUCAUGAAAACAACCUGGGAAAAAGCAUUAUUUUAGGGGAAAUUGCAACAAAAAUGUGUUUAUUUGGAGACAUUUGCACUGAAAUGCAAUGAAUUUUCAACAGGAAUUUUUCAAAAUUGCAAAUUGUUGCAGAAAUGUGGAGAACUGAUAAAAAUAAGAUCAGUAGAGCAUAAAGCGAAAUUUUUGUACAAAUACAAGGAAGAUCUGCAGAAGGGACCUGGAAAAGAGCCAAGAGCAUCGGACAGAAGAUCACCAAACAGGGGAAUAUUGGACAUAUCAACUUUGUCUUUUGGAUUAGACUCCUCAGUGAACGUGCCACCAUUACUACCAACAGAAGAAGAGCAAGCAUUGGGUGCAGUUGGAGGAACAUCAGCGUAACCACAUGAUGGCGCUGCAGGUCUCGAGCUGGAAUGUGAAUGGACUAAAUUCCCCAGAAAAAGGCGAAGAGUCUUUCAUUUAUUGAAAAAAGAACAUUUGGACUUGAUUUGUUUACAAGAAACACAUGUGAUAAGGCUACACAGGAAGAUAUUGAGUAAUAAAAGAUUGGGCCAAGAAUUCAUUUCAUCAGACGAAGUUAAAAAAAGAGGAGUGGUCCUCUAUGCAAACGAGAGCCUAUCACCGAAAUUCUUAUUUAAAGACGACCAAGGAAGAUUUGUAGCAAUUGAAAUUCAAUCACAAGGAGAGAAAUUCUUGAUUUUUUUUAAAAAUAAUGUUUAUUACUUUUAUAGGUUACAAAAAGAGAAAAAAGAAGAGAAAAAGAAAACACAGAAAAAAAGACAAAGAAAGAAAGCAAAAAGAAAAAAUAAACAAUACAAUACAAUAUAUAAACAAUAUAUAAACAAUGUAAAACACAACCUAAACUCAAAACUAAACACAUUAAACUAAACUAAACAAACCCCACUCCCUAGCCUUAACCCUAAAAGAAACAAAACAAAAACAAUUUAAAAACAUACAUCAUCUCUUUUCCGUAUUCUAUCUUUCAUUCCCUUGUUUCCUCGAACUCCUCUCACCUCCCUUUUUGUAUUCCACUUCUUUUAAUUGUUUCAGCAAAUCCUUUCCAUCUUUCUCCAUUUUCUAUCAUAUUGUAAAUAACGUAUUUUUUAACCUUAUUUUCCAUUAAAACUAAAACUAAAUUCUUGAUUUUAGGUAUCUAUGCAUCAAACGAAGGAAAAUCGGAAUUCUUUAAGAAGUUACAUGAGACCCUGAUGGAUUAUAUGGACUAUAAUAUGAUUUUGAUGGGAGAUAUGAAUGGAGUGGUUUCUACAAAUAUGGAUAAGGCACAGAGACAGGUAGUCACCAAGGAUGGUAGACUACCAAAAACCUUUUUUGACAUGACUGAAAAUAUGGAUUUAGUUGAUAUUUGGAGAAUGAAGAACCCUCUGGGAAGAGAGGGAACUUUCUUCUCUGAGGCUAAAAUGACAUGGACAAGAAUUGAUCAAAUCUGGGUAACCAGGGGAUUGGCUCCGGAGAUCAGCAAAGUGGAGAUCUGCCCCAAAACAUGUUCUGACCAUAAUGCGGUGAAGAUGGAAAUGAAAUUGAUGCCAAGUGGUUCCUUCAGAUGGAGGAUGAAUGACACUUUGUUUAGGAAUGAAGAGGUGACCAAGAAGGCCCAAAAAACCCUAAGAGAUUACUUUGAGAUAAACAUGAACACUACAGUGGAAAAAAGAGUAAUUUGGGAUGCAAGCAAAGCAGUUAUGAGAGGAUUCCUAAUACAACAGAAUGCAAUUAAGAAGAGAACUCAGAAUGAAAAAAAGGACAAAAUCCUGGGAAAAAUAGAGGAAGGAGAGAAGAAACUGAGAGCAAAACCAAAGUCACAGGAGAUUCUGAAAGAGAUAAAGUUAUAUCAAGUACAAUAUGCGAAGCUGAUGAAUCAGGAAAUAGAAUGGAAGAUUAAACAGAUGAGGCAAAAGACAUUUGAAUCGGCAAAUAAAUGUGGGAAAUUGUUGGCCUGGCAAAUGAAAAAAAAACCAAAAACUCAAUACUAUCACGAAUUUGGAAGUGGAAGGAAAAAAUAUACAGAACCCAGUGGAGAUUAGGAAGUGUUUCCAGAGGUAUUUCAAACAACUUUAUACACAGGAGAAGCAGAAAGAAAGGGACAUUGAUCGAUUUUUGAAAAUAAAUGGACUACACAAAAUCUCUCAGGAAAAACAACUAAUGUUGAACUACAAAAUAACGGAUCAGGAGGUGGAAGGGGCUAUCCAGAACAUGCAAUUAGGUAAAUCUCCAGGACCAGAUGGUUUGACUUCAAGAGAUUACAGAUCUUUGAAAGACUGGUUAAUACAACCAUUGAAGGAAGUCUGUAAUGAAAUAUUGGAAGGAAGGAAGGCACCAGAGUCGUGGAAGGAAGCUUACAUUACACUUAUACCGAAAACAGAGACUGAAAAGACACAGCUCAAAAACUACCGCCCCAUAUCGCUGCUAAAUGUGGAUUAUAAAAAUUUUGCAGACAUUUUGGCUAAAAGAUUAAAAAAGGUGUUAGUAGAAGAAAUUCAUAAAGAUCAAGCGGGCUUUCUCCCGGGCAGACAUUUGUCUGACAAUAUGAGGGAUAUAAUUAAUAUUUUAGAAAAACUUCAAGUGAAUAUUAAUACUAAGGCUGUCUUGAUAUUUGCGGACGCGGAGAAAGCCUUUGACAACAUUUCCUGGAGCUUUAUGAAGAAGAAUCUACAGGGGAUGGGGGUAGGUCAAGGUUUUGAAAAUGGUAUAGGUGCAAUUUAUUCAGAACAAAAGGCAAAAUUAAUUGUGAACAAUGUAGGGACAGAAGUGUUUAAGAUUGAGAAAGGGACACGACAAGGUUGCCCAAUUUCUCCACUGCUUUUUAUAUCGGUUCUUGAGGUUUUGUUAAACAUGAUAACAAAGGACCAAGAGGUCAAAGGUAUACGAGUGGGAGUUAAACAGUAUAAACUGAAAGCAUUUGCUGAUGAUUUAGUAUUGACCCUACAGGAACCAGAAUCUAGUACAAAAAGGGUAUUGGAACUGAUUCAAGAAUCUGGGCAAGUAGCAGGUUUUAAGCUGAAUAAGAUGAAAACUAAGGUCUUAGAGAAAAAUUUAACUGUAAAUGAGAGAGAGAAGUUUCAGGAAGAGACAGCACUAACAUUCAUUAAGAAAGUGAAAUAUUUAGGGGUUAAUAUGACUGCUAAAAAUGUAAAUCUAUUUAAGGAUAAUUAUGAAAAAUGUUGGAUUGAAGUGAAAAAGGAUUCAGAAAUAUGGUCAAAUUUGAAGUUAUCAUUUUUAGGCCGAAUUGCUGUGAUAAAAAUGAAUGUGCUGCCAAGGAUGUUGUUUUUGUUUCAAACAUUACAAAUUUUGGACAAAAUGGAUUAUUUCAAGAAGUGGCAGAAAGAUAUUUCCAGAUUUGUUUGGCAGGGCAAGAAGCCUCGAAUAAAAUUUAAGAUAUUAACAGAUGCAAAGGAAAGAGGUGGAUUUGCCCUGCCAGACCUAAAACUCUACUAUGAAUCAGCUGCUUUUUGUUGGUUGAGAGAAUGGCUGCUACUUGAAAACACUGAUGUGUUGGACAUAGAAGGUUUCAAUAAUGUAUUUGGUUGGCAUGCAUAUUUGUGGUACGAUAAGGUAAAAGUACAUAAAGCAUUUAAAAAUCAUAUUGUUAGAAAAGCAUUGUUUAAUGUAUGGAUAAGAUAUAAAGAUUUGUUAGAAAAGAAAACCCCAAGAUGGUUGUCACCAAUGGAAGCGAAGGCACAGAAAAAACUCAAUAUGGAGGCCAAAUGGCCGAAAUAUUGGGAAAUUCUGGAACAAGAGGGAGACAGACUAAAAUUGCAGAGCUUUGAAAAAUUGAAAAUUAAAGUGCGAGAUUGGCUCCAUUAUUACCAAAUAAUGGAGGCAUAUAAUUUGGACAAAAAAGUUGGUUUCCAGGUGGAAAAAUCAAAAUUGGAAACAGAAUUGCUAGAUUCCAAAAUUAAGAAUUUGUCAAAAAUGUACAACUUGCUGUUGAAAUGGAACACUCAGGAUGAAACAGUGAAAUCAGCUAUGAUUAAAUGGGCACAAGAUGUUGGACAUAAUAUAAUGAUGGCUGACUGGGAACAGUUAUGGACCACAGGUAUGAAAUUUACGGCAUGUAAUGCCCUAAGAGAAAACUUAAUGAAAAUGAUUUAUAGGUGGUACAUGACACCAGUCAAGCUUGCAAAAAUUUACCAUUUGCCCGAAAAUAAAUGUUGGAAAUGUAACGAGACUGAAGGCACAUUCUUUCACCUUUGGUGGACAUGCCCAAGGAUUAAGACAUUCUGGGAGAUGAUUUAUAAUGAAAUGAAAAAGGUAUUUAAAUAUACCUUCCUGAAGAAACCAGAGGCCUUUCUCCUGGGCAUGGUCGACCAAUUGGUGUUAAAGAAGGAUAAAACUUUUUAUGUAUGCAACAACAGCAGCAAGAAUACUCAUCACGGAGUAUUGGAAUACACAAGAUUUGCCCACCCGGGAAGAAUGGCAGAUGAAGUUGAUGGACUACAUGGAACUGGCGGAAAUGACUGGCAGAAUCCGAGACCAGGGAGAAGAGUCGGUGGAAGAAGAUUGGAAAAAGUUUAAAGACUAUCUACAGAAAUAUUGUAAAAUUAAUGAAUGUUAGAAAAAUGUUGGAAUGAAGUUAUAUGGCUUUAGUAGAAAUAUUAUAAGGAAUUAAGUACAGAUAGGUUAAUAGAGCAUUAAAGGAAAAAAUAAGGUUAGAAUGAGUUAAGAUAAUUAUAGGAUAGAAAACAGAGGAAGAUGGAAAGGAAUUGCUGAAAUAAUUAACAGAAGUGGAAUACAAAAAGGGAGGUGUGAGGAGGUUGUGGAAAUAAGUGAAUGAAAGAUGGGAUAAUGAAAUUGUUUGAUUUAUUUUAUUGUCUUUGUUUUGUUUUGUUAAUUUGAUGUGUUGUAUUGUAUUGUUUCUUUUUUCUUUUUAGUGUUUAAGUUUUUGGAAAAAUAAUAAAUAUUAUUAAAAAACAAACAAACAGAAAUGUGGAGAACUGAAUUUAAAAUUGGAAGUGUGAGAAACUGACAGAAGUGAAAUUAACAGACCCUUUUAUCCGUAGCUGGCAGAGGGAGCCUGGCCAGUGUGGAUGUGAUGUGUGUAUCUUUCAGAUCUUGCUAAGCUUUGCAGAAAGUAAGUUUUCCAGACUGUUCACUAUUGUUUGUGAUGUAGUUAGUCUGGGGCCUAACCCGGGACAAAGACCAAUGUCCUAGUGUUUUUUGCCCACUCCUAUCCCGAACGUCUCUUUGGCAUGGUGAAGGGACUAGAAUUAAUAUUGAUUUAGCUUGCUCUGGUGAAAAUAAAUUCCAAUCAGUAUUAUUAUAGAGAGUGACCCAUAGAGAUGGAGAAGGAAUGAAUGGCACCUUUGUACUGGUUCCAAGCAUGCUUGUGAGGAGGGGAAUGGAGAGCUAUCUUUACUCUAGUGGGUUUGCUUAGCUUAGUGAAAUUAGUGAGCAGGAACCAGCUUGCGACUACUAAAAAUUAGUCCAACUCAUUACCUGAAUUGGAUAGGUUUGUAGAGGUCUGGUACAAGGUUAAGUUAGCUAUAAAUGGAUCUGAAGAGGUCAAAAUGCAUUUUUUUUCUGCAUUGCCUUUGAUUGUUUCAAUAACUGUUUUUCUAUUCACUGUUCAAUAAAGGAAGAUCACUGCUUUAUGGUCUGCCUUCAUUAUUAAUGGCUGAAAAAGGAGUUUGCCAAGAGCUUCAUUUGAAAACAUUUAAUUUUUUCAGUAUUUAAAUAAAUGCAAUAUAUUAUGAUAUAGUAAUUAAAAAGCAUCACUUAGAAGGCUUUAAAGUAUAAAUCAGGCUAUGUAAACAUAAAAAGAUUAGAUUAUGAUGAUAGAUCUAUGAAUAUAUAUUCUUUCCUAAAUCAGAGGGAAUCAGUAAUCAAAUCUUUAUAUGUAAUGAGUGAGAAAAGCUCCAAAAGGCAUAAAAUGUUUUGCCUUAGCUACAUUUCUGUUUUGGAAUAUUCCAGGAGCCAAAUAAAGCUUGAAUAUUUCCUUACAUGUCUAAAUGACUUUGAAUCAGCAACAGAUAUAGUUUUGCAGAAAGAAAGAGAUGAUGAGAGUCAUUAAACGAAAGUGGAGAUCUAAGCAAGAACGUGAGUGAGAUUAAAUGGUUGAGGAAGGUUCGUAAGUGUUUUCUAUUCUUUCCCUGAACGCUUUUCUUACAGAAGUAGGUUUGAAGCUGGUGUUAAAUCUAAAGUUAAUGUGAGGAAAGUAAACAGAGGCUUCAAGUCCCGGUUGGAUCAUUUCCCCCACUCAGUUCCCUCCUUUAGCUAAGACAACAUGGCUGAGAUGAUUGGGGGUGUUUGUGUGCGGCUGACAGUGAAUUUUCAGAGACAGCAGCCGGCUUGGAGACUCCUGCCCACCAAUACUUGGUCAUGUUGGACUGCAACAAUGCUCAUUAUUAUAAUGGGUAGUAUUUGUAAAACUUAUCCUCCGUAGGCUCCCAGUUGCCAUUACAAAGCUUUGUUGCCAAAUGCAAAGCUUAAAUUUUGUCCAUAUGAAUGGGUAGAAAUCACUCAGCUAUAUGGGAAUGCUCUUGGCACACCUGUGAGUAGCUAAUUUUGCUCCGUUCUCUUGUCCCAUCACCCAACCCCAUUCAUUUAAAACCAAACUAUCAACACAGUUGCAUUUUAAGCUGGGUUUCUUAGUCAUGCUGUUGAGAGCUGCCUUUUAUGUGUGUAAAUCUUGUACUAACCUGUAGAAUUUAGCAGAGCAUAAGCUCACUGAAAGAGAAGAAAAAAGUUGGUUUAUCUUGUGGAGGAUUAUUAGUUUCUAGAUAGAGAUUAAGCUAUACUCUGGCACAAGUAACCUUUAGGAAACCAUUAAUUUGUUGAUUGAAAAGUACUUUCCAGUUUUGAUGUUUUAAUGGUUACAUUUUGGCAUGAUGAGCCAACAUUGUAGAUCUGGAAAAAAAUAAAAAUGUCGUUUCAAAAGUCUCUAGAAAUGUUAUUCCUCCUGGCUGGUAUCUUGGUAGAUUUGCACUACUUAACUAACCAUGAGAGGGACAUGAUCCAAGCCCUGCCUCCCUUGACAAUAUUCAAUUUGGAGGUGAUGCACAACCAAUAUAGCACAUUUUAGAUUUAGGUAAAGGGUAAGAUUAGGUCCAAUCGCGGAUGACUCUGGGGUUGCAGGGCUCAUCUCGCCUUACUGGCCGAGGGAGCUGUCGUACAGCUUUCCGGGUCAUGUGGCCAGCAUGACCAAGCAGCUUCUGGCGAAACCAGAGCAGUGCACGGAAACACCAUUUACCUUCUCGCCGGAGCGGUACCCUUUUAUCUACUUGCACUUUGACAUGCUUUCGAACUGCUGGUUGGCAGGAGCAGGGAUCGAACAACGGGAGCUCACCCUGUCACAGGGAUUUGAACCGCCAACCUUCUGACUGGCAAGCCCUAGGCUCUGUGGUUUAACCCACAGAGAUAUUGCAAAAAUGUGUCACAUGUGCAUCAUUAAGGACCAGCUAAUGUAGAAUAAAGUAGUAAAGCUGUCUAAGGCACCAUCUCCUCAAUCUGAAGGGGGUUUGAAUGGUCUAUCUAAUGAACUUCCUUCAUGUAAAAGGUAGCAAUUCAAAGAAAAAAAUUCAUUCAAACGCCCCAACUUUAUAUCCCACAAUUUUUUAUAGUGAGAACCUUCCCAGCAGAAGAGCAUUCAAAUAUACAACCGCCUCACCUGCAGGCUGAAAUCGUACAACCCAAGGGACUUGUAUCUGACCUCCCCCUUUUUGUGGCAUCCUUGCUUAUAGGAUCAUACCUGUCUGAUCAGCUGCUCCCUAAAAUUAAAUAGGCAGUUCUAAUUGUGGAGUGAAUUUUUGCCUUCACUUUUUUUUUAUUCUGGUGUAACUCUUCCAAGUCUACAAUUUCCCUCUAAGAUGCUAACCUUUUGAGACGAUUGACAUGAGAAAGCGCUCUUUCCCCCUUAGCCUGUUCAUCAUGCUCAGAUGAUAAACCUUCACCUAAUUUCAUUUCAGUGAGACAGCUACUAAAGCAUUCCCCCAAGAAGUACAUAAUUUAAUGGUGGAGCAUCAGUCAAGACAAAUUAGACUGAUUGGUUCUGUAUAUGUUCCAGCAGGAGCAACAUGAGAUAGGAGGUGGCUGAACAUUUAGAUUAUUGACAAAGUACAGUUCACUCCUAAAAAACAAUGUAACAUUGUUUGGUCUUAUAAUCAAUAAUAAUACACUAUUCCAUGCUAGCCAGGAACAAUAGACACAGAACAGAAUACAAAGCAGCCUUGGACCUGCUCAGUGGAGUUAUUUAAUUGUUCAGUGCUAAGAAUGAGUGCUGACAUAGUGGUAAACACAAACAGCAGUGGACAAAGGAUAAUACUUUCCACAGUUAUUGAAACGUAAUUGGCAACAGCCCUCCAAAUCUCAGUUUCUAACUGAUACUGUACAGAAUAAUUUUGAUAAGCUGCUAGUUUAACUCAGAUAAAUAAAUACCUUAUUUUCUAAGCGAUUUUCUUCUUUUGUUGUUUCAAACUUGCUUUCCAGAUUUUUUCCACAUGUUAAUCUGGCUGGUAUUAACAUACAAAAUAGGGGCAUGCACCAACCACAAGAUGCAGUUCACAUCCUGACUGGGUGCAUUGGAAAGCUCCCCGCUUUGGUUCAAAGCAAUGUGGAGGCUGUUCAAUUCAGGUCAAGGUUGAAAUCCAAAUCUGCAUUGAGGAGAAAAGAGCUUUCUUUAUCCCCAUCCACUAUCCUGGGGAAUUGAAAACAGCAAUAUAGUUUUGACAGAAGUGGAUGAAAUUCACAGACUUUUAAAAAUAUUUGGGGAAAAUACAACGAUAUAUGAAUCUGCUAACUAGGUUUUAUCUCUUUUUAUAGAAUUUGUAUCUACCUGGUGCUUAGAAUUUGAGAGGGGUGAAUUUGUCAUUUUGGUUUCUAUGUUUUUCAUGCUGCAUUUGUGAUACUUCCCUCAGUUUCUGUGUGAAAUCUGGACACUUCUCAUUAUGUGCAAUUUUUCUAGUAUAUGCAUUUCCUAACAAAAUGUUUUUUGGUACAUUAAUUUCAUUAUCAUAUGUAUUUUGCAAGCACUUCUGACUAAUCCUGCAAGUUUGUACACAUUAUUUUGUUGGGGAAAUUCAUCACAAAAUUUGGGGACAUGCACAUUUUAAGCAGAGCUGUGUUUCUGCUCACAUAUUGUGAAUUUGGCAAGUUGAGGUUAAAAUGGUAAUUGAAUGCAUUUCUCCCCCAGCCCUGCUCUAAAUACAGUUCUUGUGAGGUUAAAAGUUGUGCUGGUUUAAAAUUACAUCUACUAUCAUAAAUCAUAAAGACACCACAAUCAAAAUGGGAAGCAAAAAAUAAAAUAAAAAAUAGGAAUGUAAUGCAUGCUAUCACCACAAUCAAGUUUUGCAUUAUAUUGAGAUAAAAUUCCUCAGACAUUUAAAAAUGAAACCACCAAGUCAAUGCUUAAAUCUUCUAUUGACUUUAGCUCAGACUAUAUUUCGACCUCAUGGCCUCAUAGCAAGCAAGUGUUCGUGAACUCCAAAAAUCUUUCUUCCUAUUCUUUUGCUUAGCCCACUCAGGACUCAGUUGAUUAUGCUCCUUGAUUCUCCGUUUAAUGAAGAGCUGAAUGUUCCCAUCUCUUUAUUCACUGAGUCCGUCAUUAUAAGCAUUAUUCUCACAGAAAAGAAUAAAAGGAGGGUAUAAUCCUUCAAACAGAAAAGAGAUGAAAUACUAGGAAGCCAAAAAUUGCCCAGGAGUCAUCCCUUUAAAAAUGUCCAUCUGGGGAAACGAAAUGGCAGGCAAAUUUAGAACUUCAAUUACAGUUGUUCAAAGUAUCAAAGUUACAGAAAUUUGAACUUGACAGUAUAUUGCCUCCCUAAAAAGCCAGGGUCAGACAUGUUUCUGAAUCAUGCAGAGAGAACCCAUUCUGUAGCCAGCUUGAUUGUAUGACUAUGUACGGUACCUUUCACUUGAUUUCUCACUUGCCAGAUAUGCAGGGCCUUUUUUUUAGCCAGAACUCGCUGGAAAUCAGUUCCAGCACCUCUCAGGUGGGCGCCAUUGCCAUUAUAAGAGAACAAGGGAGGUGUUCAUGGUGAGUUCCAGCACCUCUUUUUCUAGAAAAAUAGGGCUGCAAUUCUCUUUGGUGGUAUUUUUAGGUUGAGAUUAUUGAUUCCUCUCCUGGAAUUAUUGGAUUUUUGAUGGAUAUUUAAAACAAGGGUAGAAAUGUUCAGCUACAACCCUAUGAUCCUUAGAUCCCAAUAAAUUCCUUUUAAAAUAGUAGUUCAGGGCUUGCCAACACAGUACCCAUGGCUGCCAGUGGGCCUGUCAGUCCCUCCUAUGUUGCUUGCAAAAAGUCUCAGCAAACACCACCUCGAAAAUCCCCAAACACAAGGGACUGUUCCUGCUUAGUUCCUGUUUUCACUGGUUCAGCUACCUUGAGCACACAUCCCUCCUUAAGCAUGCCCAAGUGUUAUUAUAUGACAGGUUUUGAUGCCCCACAGCUUUUUUCUUCAGCAAGCAUGGCGGUGGCUGAUGUAGGUGCUUUUUCUUUCAUUGAUGGGGAAGCAGAUUGUCCUGCCUCUCUUUCAGCCAUAACACUACUCCACCACAGCAGCUAUUUUGUGUUGCACCAUAUCUCACAGCAGCCAUUUUGUUACUGGUGUCUGCAACACUUUCUCAAAAUGCCAGAUGUGCCCAUUGGGUUGGUGACCUCUUCAGCAACACUGAUUAGUUUCCUAUGCAUGUAUGAAGCUGUGCUCUGUUCAGUCAAGCCAUUGAGGGGAGGGUACUGUCUUCUCCCAGCGAGGUUCUUGCCAUCUGAGAUCCUUAACUGACUCAACCUAGGGGUUUUAUGCAUGCUAAGUCCCCCCCUCCCGCCCUGGCUGUUGAAUUUCUGUAUAUAAUUGUAUCAUUAUUCCUGACAUUAAAAUCAACCUUCAUAUUGUGCAUGUGCAGUUUGCAUCAGUGCACUUUUAAAACAUCAUUGGAUCGUUUCAACUCUGGCUGAUUAUAUCGUUAUUUGUUACUUCUAAUACCGACUGAAGUCUCAUGAGAAUAUGUUUCUCCAGAGUUAUUUAUAAAUUGCUUCUCUUUGAAUGUGGACAGGUGGUGUUAGGACGGUCUAAAUUACUGUUCUGCUAUGGAAAGCCAGGCAAUUAAGGGGGGAGCCUGCAAUGCUCCCACUAAUUGUGUUCCAUACUGCUGCAGCACCCGUGUUCUCAGCCCUGCCGUGUUCCCGAUUAAUGUUUAAUGGGAAAGCAGCAGGACCCAGCACAUCAGCAUUCCAGGCUGCAGAAUGACAUUGGAAACUAAAGUGUGAUUGCUAAGAAAUGAUUUCUUUCCCCCACUCUGAAUACCUGGUUAACUGCUGUUAACAAAUCCAUAUUAAAAAUGCAAGUGAAUCUUACUAAGGCAGGACUUGGCAGGAAACUACACAUCAUGUAUCACUGUGUAUUAUGCUUUGAUGAUGAAAAAUAGGCCAGGACAUGGGUAGCAAGGUUGUUGUUCUUGAGCUCUUCAUCUGUACUUUUUGUUUAAAAAAUAAUGUCCAAAGUCUCCUAUAUGAAUAUGAGUGCCGUAUUAGGCUAGAUUAAUUGUCCAUCUUAAUUUAGCAAUCUGUUCAUUGCAGAGGUCAGACAGAUUACCCCUCAAACAUUCAUAACAGGACAGGAUGAUGGUGGUAUGUAUCCCUUGUAGUUAAUCUCCAGCAUCUGUUGACCAGAGGCACACUGUUCCUUUGGCUGUUGUGCCUUAGAAUCCACAAGCAGACCAUGCUGAGAAUUGGCACUGAGCAGAUACUUGGCUCGGCAGAGACCAUCUUUUCACAAGCCAAUGCUCAGCUGAGAGCUGAGCUAUGUAUCUGCUUUGGGGAGCCUUCGUUGACUCAGAUGGUAACUGCAAGUAUGGUUAGCAGCACAUGUUGCCAGAAAUUGAAACAAAAGGCACCUAGCCACUUCAAUUUCGUUUCUUAUGAAAUGACUAAUAAGUGUGUGAAAAAGGGGUUGGUUUUCUUUAUCUCUUUCAUCCCUUACUUGAGGGGGGGACUCACAUCUCUCUUGACAACAGUUGAAUUGGGCUGCUGCCAUUUUGUUUCCCAGAAUACCCUAAACUUUGUGGUGUUCCAGGGGAUUACAAGAAAAGAGUCAGGGUGGGGAAUGAAAAUAAAACCUGUGGUGAGAUUGGCUCAGUUGUGGUAGCAGCAGCAGGGGGAGUAACAGAAAUAAGUAAGAACACCGGAAUGAAAACAAAUUAUUUUAAUGAAUGAUUUCAAUGUGAUUUUAAAGAAAGAAUGUGUUACUCUGCUUGCUCCAUUGACCUGAAAGAGAGAUGCAUGCUGCAACCCCAUAGUCACCUUUGACUGGACUUAACCGUUCAGGGGUCCUAUACUUUUACCUGCUGCAGAGGGUUUGGGACAUGUUCAAAAGAGGACACUUAAUUCAUGCCUGCAUUGGCCAUAUGCCUCAUAAUGUGCACUCUGCGCUGCCCUGUGACUGUGCAUUUUCAGUGCAAUUAAUACUGAUGAGAAAGUCAUGUUUUAGGGAAGCUAAAUGCCCCUUUCUGUUCAUCUCAUUUGCAGUGAUUGCUACUGAUAAGCUUCUGAGGAACCCCUGGGUUCUGAGCAGCACAGUUUGAAGCAUUGUGGACCAGCUAAACGCAAGCAAUCAGAUUUCUUUCACUGGUAGCAAUCAUAUGGAGUUCUCCCUGUAAUUAAAGCAGAUAUUAAUAGUUAGGUUUUCUAGAAUUUGCUGGCAGAUGGCACUGCAUAUUGGAGAAUUUCACAUAAAUAGCAGUAUUAUGAACAUAUGUCUGAUACAUAUUUUAAAAUGUUGCAUUCUUAAAGUACAGUGAUGUAAAAAGACUUCAUGGGGGACUUUUAAACAUAGCUGAGCAAACAGCUGUGCUGUGUUUUUGAUGAAAGACCCAUUUUUUCAUAUCUGCUUGUACAGGGACAUUAAAACACACACACAACAAAGUUUCGGCUUGAUAAGUAUAAAGCAAAAGGGAAAAUCAAGAUUUGACAAGUAAGAUCGAGAGUUAAGUGUUCUCGUUAGUAUAUCUGGUACCUAGAGAAAGCCAAUUCCCAUAUCAACAUGCCCAGAUGUUAAGAUCAGCUGCUAGUGUUCUCCAGGUUGUCACUGCCAACAGGGAGAAAGUGACGGGAACUAGGGGAGAGGGCAUUUUUUGGUGUUCCAUUUCAUGAACUCCCUUCCCAGAGAUGCUUUUCUGACACCAAACUUUCUAUCCAUUAGGUACCAGGCAAAACCCUUUUCUAUUCUUCUAGACCUUUAAGGCACAAUCCUACAGCCACUUACUUGGAAGUCCCAUUAAACUCAAUGGGGCAGACAUAUGAGUCGUCAUGCACAGAAUUGUAUUUUAAGGUCUUUUAGACCUUAAUCUUUUAAUUUACUCUUGCUUUAUGACUGAGUUUAUGUUGAUUAUAUAUUAUGGUUUUCAUUGUAAGUUGCACUCAGAUCAUUUUUGAAGAAGAGUAGUGUAAACAUUUCUCAAAUAAAAACAGGAAAGAAACUUGUGGAAUUGUAAAGACUAACAAAUUUAUUGUGGAUUAAGUUUUGCGGCCUAAAGUCUACUUCAUCAGAUGCAGGAACUGCAAUCCUCAUUUGGCAGGAUGAUGAGCAGAAUAUGUAAAGAAAACAAAUAAAUGAUGGAGUCAAAUAGAAAUGGAAUCCAAAAUAGUACAAUCUGUGAUCAUUCAAUUAGAGCUUGCACAUGUGCAAAAUGAGCACAGUGACACUUCACCACAGCAGUUUUUUGUGCAUAUUUAUUAUUUUGCAUACCAUGGAGCUGUGUGAGUAUGCACACUGGUGCCAUUGAGCUGAAGACACAUGAUCUCCCCAAAGCUGAAAGUAAUUGUAGGUGAGCACAAAGUGGCAGUGUUUUGAAGGCAAAUUAACAUGGCUGCCCCCCCCCCCGGAAAUUAUUCAGAUAAAUACGGUACUUAUUCAGGCAUUAAGAGUACCUCUGAGCAUAUUCAGAGCACUUUCCCACUGAGGGUAAUUAAGUUUUGGUUUUUUAAAAAGCAACUUACAUCUUCAGGAUACACUUUUGAAAAGCAGAAUGUCAAUAAUAAUAAUAAUAAUAAUAAUAAUAAUAAUAGACUAUUCAUGGUGAAUAGUUCCGGAGUGGGGGCCCUAAUUCAGUAGUAGGCUGCAUGUUUUGCAUCCACAAGGUCCCACUGUCAAUCUUUGGCAUCUCAGAAGAAAUUUAGGUAACUGUGCUAAGAAGGAUCUUGCCAGACAGCUGCGCCGAGUCUAAUUUAAGGUUCUGGCCACAUAGAGCAGUGGUCCUAUUCUGUGUAGGGCACCUACGGUACAUGUACAGAUAGAGCAGUGGUUUCACUCAGUAUACGGGUGCUUCACAUGUGCGGACAACAUUCACACACACCCUUUUAUGUAGCUACAGUUAUGCACUGCUUCCACGAGGCACUUGUUCAAAAGCGGGGUUUUUGGUAUUAUGGUACUGAUAUGUACGGGGGACCAUUCCUGCAAAAAGUGCUGCACAUAGCACCGGUGUGUGCCAGUCUAUUCUAAGUGGAUAACAAAAACCCCGUCCAAUAACAAUCCUAUAGUGCUUUGCAUGGCACAAGUUCUUAUGGAAUGUGUCCUUAUUAGUAGUGACAGAACUUGUGCCCAUUCUCACUGAGGUUUUGUGCAUUAACCGGAAGCUCAGGGCCUGAGUGCUAGGAAUGUCCUUUACUAAAUUUUCCCUUCUCAGAAGGUAAUCGAGGAGUUUAUGGAGGGAAAAAGGGACUCCCAUUAAAGAACUUUAUGAUGCACAAUGGGUUUCUGACCUUGUGUUUUUGGCAGGUAUUUCCACACCUCUUAACUUCUGAAAUCUCACACAGCAGAGUGAAGUUUAAUUGGCAUUUUAUCUUAUGCACUGAAAAGAUUUGAGGCCUAAUUCCUCAUUUUGUGGAGCAUUUUUGAAUAAUUAUGAUCAUUACCAAGGUAUGUAAUUAAAAAAUAAAACAAAAGGGAACCCCAGGAGUGCUAUGUUACAUUUUCUGUACCUAAGACAAUACUAAAAAGCUGCCCAGGGGCUUCCAAACUGCAGACUGUAAUUCCAGUUUAAUUCCAACUCUGGGGAAGCACCUCAUACUUUGGUUAAUUUCCCUUGAAAUCCAUGCAGCUUUGAUAGGCCAUGAGUAUGUGCCUUAAACAUAUAUUCAAGUGGUUUUCAUUUUCUGAAUAUCUGAGAGAGCCACACCGUUACUGUGAAAAAGUAGCUAAGCAUUUUGCUAUGUUGCUAAUGGGAGGAAAAAUACUAAACUUAUUUCUUGUACUAUGAUUGAAUUCUUAAGGUACUCUGGUGUUGUGUGCAUAUUAAGGUGAUAGGAUAAAUACACAGAUGUGAUAUUUGUGAUCUUGCCAAAUCAAUGUCUAUUGACCUAUGUCUAAUACUGACAAAUACCAACAUGAAAUAUAUUCCAGAUAGCCCUGAAAAAGACUUAAGCAUUACAUGUACCAAGUUAUUGAGUCCAGGAGGUGGAAAGUUGCAUUCUCCUGAAAGGAGCAGAUCUGUAGCUUGUGGGUACACCUGGGUCCAACAUUGUCACUGGACGUUCAGGUGCCAUUGGUGUAUUCCUUCCAACACAAUGCGGCUCAAAUCCGGAACACCACCUUCUGCAUCCAAAAUCCUGUGCUAGUCACGUGACCCAUGUGAGAUUGCAGACCGGAGAAAGGGCUUUUUAAAGGAGAGAUAUUGGCCUGAAAUUGCAUCAGAGCAAGGUGACCAAAAUGGCCGCUGUACUCUCAUGAAAAAUAAAAGGGGGAUGUCCCGGUUUUUGCAGGGUAGUUGAUGGGUGCUAGGAGUAUUCCCCCCCGACUUUUGCUGAUUUGCCCACUACAGCCUCUUUUGAACAGUGAUGUCUUGGCCAAGGUAUUCCAUGUUCUGGUAAUUUCCAAGGUGGAUUACUGCAGUGCACUCUAUGUGAGGCUGCCCUUGAAGACCCUCAGAAACUUCAACUGGUCCAAAAAGCAGCAGCCAGAUUAUCGGCAUGGGUUCCAUCUAGAACUCAUAUAAUCCUCUUUUUAAAAUAGCUGCAUUGGUUGCUAGUUCAUUUCUGGACCCAAUUCAAAGCCCUAAAUUACUUAGGCCCCAGAUCUCUGGAAGACUCUCCUUCUCUUCUGUUGUUCUACUUACACAACAGAUUUCUGCUUCAGAUACAGUUUUCCUAGUAAAGGGCCUCUGUGAUGUUGAAACUGCACCAGUUGAAGCUCUUUUGCUGAAAAGUGCACAGCAUCUGUUAGGUUAAAGAGUGGCAACUUUAGGCAUUGCACACAUCAUUCCUCUUCAUUAUCUUGCAAAUCCCAUCCCCUGAUCCUGCUGGCAACAGGAUUUGCCAAUUCUGUAAGGAGGUUCACAGUUGUGACUUUAAUACAUAAGUUUGAUAGCAAGGCAAGGUAUAUGUUGACAUUAUCUAUCUAGUUUUCAGUCAUUGAAUUUUCCUUGACUUCUUAGGUAGGGAUUAAACUUUGUUUCAUUUUUUUAGUUGAUUCCAUUGUUUGAAUCUGAUUUUUUGUUAAAAGAUUAUUCAUCUCCUAUGGCUUUUAGCAGUUCUUCACUUUAAGGAAUAAUCUCCACUUUAUGGGCAGAACUUUCUGAAUCCUCCCCUUGUGUGCAUGGCACUGCUGGAGAAAGUAUAGAAAUGUCUAUGGCAAUAAGAUCUAUUCUGUAUUAUGACCAUUAUCUGUCUUAAUGUAACAGCGUUCAAGCCCAGACAGUCUGUGAUCAAUGCACUCUGAGAAUAUCACAACAGCUAUUGAAAAAGUAGAGAUAACACUAGUGACAGUAACCUAACUCAGGGGCAGGUUUAAAUGCACAUCAAGGAAGCAAUGAAACCAAGAAGAGAUAAGUGGGAGCUCAGAACUGUAUCUCCAGUGACAUAAGCAAUACACUUUGAGUAGUGAUUUUCAGACUGUCGGCUGGAAAUUUUUCCAUCAGUAAAUAACACAAAUAAAAGGAGGCUUUCUUGGGUAGCAAGAAAAAUGGUUGUAGGAAGAGUUCAGAAUUAUUACAUUUUUUUUCAGCCAACUAGCAAUAUAUUGAAUUAGCUUCCCAGCUCUCUAGCCUGUUUCUAGGAGUUUCUGUCUUUUUAAAAAUCUGGCUGUUUUGGUUUUUUUAAGGGUGCCAGUUACAUAGCAGAGACAGAAAAAAGAUGUGAUUAAAAAGAUGUGAGGAAAAAGGAGCUGAAUAAGUUGUUUUGGUGAUUAGGAGGUUUAAUCUGAAAUCACAUUAGAUUUAAGCUUGUUGGUGUCUCUGGUAUCUUCUCUUACACGAUGGAUGUUUGUUUCUGUUAUGGAUAGAUGUUCUUUAUUAAUACUAUUGCUACAAGGUUAUCAAGACCUUUGGAUGGGACAAUAAACUUAUGAACGGAAAAGCUCCUAUGGGCUAGAAACCUUUGUGGAUUUUGUUAUAAGACUAGGUAAGGUCAUUUGAAACUGGUCUAUGCUUUUGGAGCUCUGGCUCAUAUAUAUAUAUUUUCUCAGUGAACUCUUCUGUUUCUCCAUUGCAAGAUUGCUGAAGGGCUGGAAUACUGGGAUCAUUGAAAGGUUCUUAAGAGACAUUAAAUUAAGUAAAAGAAAUGUGUGCACUUCAUUUUGAAAUACUGUUUCAUUUAUUUCAUAAAAUUGGGAGUUCACUUAACUCUGUGACUUUGUUUGUUAAGCAGAGUCUCCAACCCAUCUCUUACUUUCUGUGAAAGCUUAUAAGAUAUGUGUCUGUGGGUGUAUUUAACCUGUGCUAAAAAGAAAGUUAGAUCACAACUUGAUCCCAUCUUGCAGUCAUGAGAAUCCUAUGGCUAAUUACUGAAACGCCGGCAAACUGGGUGAUUGCUAAAGUUUAAAGAAGUCCUCUUUACUCAGCACCCCACUUUACUUCUGUGGUUUUCAGAAUUCCAGUUUCUUUUCAUGAACGGAACAGAAUGAGAAAAAGAAAGAGACAGCAGGCUUCUAUAUCAGUAGGUGCAAAAAUAUUAUUUCCUGUAUAACUUUGGUUAAAAAAAAUAAACUUAUUGUAUUUUAUUCACAUGAUAAUGCUUGCAUAAUCCCAUCUUAUAAUAAAGCAUGAAAGCCUUGAUUCCCAUUACAACUGUAAAGCACUGUAUAAACCACAAAGCAAUAAAUGUACAGUAUGGUUUCUCCAUCUCUUCUUGAUGCUGUAAAUGAAGGCUGUAAAUUGCUUUCUCACACAAUUUGUGCAAUAAUAUACUUAAUGGAUUAUGAAUGACAUGGGUGGAAGUUGACAUUAGCACAGCAAUUUCUAUUUAAAUGUGCUUCAGACAUAAAUGCAUGGUGUCUCAAUAGCAGACUGUCUGAAUACAUACACCCUUGAAUUUGUAUUUAGCAAAAUUUGGUGUGCUAGAGAUUGAGGUGGUGAAUCAUUAUUAACUAAUACAGUACCUGUGCAUGUAUAUCUGUUAUAGAUCUAAAUGACAGGUUUCUCUGGUCUCUCAAGAAAAGCGGAUUUCUUAAUAGCAAAAUUAUUUCAAAUAAGAAUGCUGUUCUCAUUUACACAAACCAAUCAGCUCAGAGCUAGAAUCACCAUUACAUUGCAUCUGCUACAAAAUGGUGCCUUAACCAAAUUGAAGCCACUGAAAAAGUGAAGUUAUCUGAGAGUUUCCUUACGUAAAGUAUACAGCUGUCCUGCCUCCUGUAUUCCUUGCCACAGUUUAGAACAUUGUUUGCCAAUCUCUUGCUUCUAGAGGUUUUUGACUACAACUCUCAUUAGCCAAUGGUAGUGGUAGUCCAAAACACCAGUUUGGCAAAGGCACUUUUAGAACAUGAUGGGAAUUCAUGUAUGAUAAGUAGAGAUAAGGGAGAAAUUCAAUUAGUUCACAUUUAAAGGCAAAUUACCAAACCUGCAGUUUCUGAAACAAUAAGUGAACCAAAAUGCAGCUACAGACCCUCCAAGUGUCCCCAUUUUCCAGGGACGUCCCUGAUUUAGAGAAGCUGUCACAGUUGCUGAGUUGAUUCUAGAAUGUCCUACUUUUCCCUAAAGGUAAAGGUACCCCUGCCCGUACGGGCCAGUCGUGUCCGACUCUAGGGUUGUGCGCCCAUCUCACUUAAGAGGCCAGGGGCCAGCACUGUCCGGAGACACUUCCGGGUCACGUGGCCAGCGUGACGAAGCUGCUCUGGUGAGCCAGCACCAGCGCAGCACAGGGAAACGCCAUUUACCUUCCCGCUAUAAAGCGGUACCUAUUUAUCUACUUGCACUUAAGGGUGCUUUUGAACUGCUAGGUGGGCAGGAGCUGGGACUGAAAAACGGGAGCUCACCCCGCCGCGGGGAUUCGAACCGCCGACCAUACGAUCGGCAAGUCCUAGGCACUGAGGUUUUACCCACAGUGCCACCCGCAUCCCUUAUUUUUCCUUAGGAUGUCCUUAUUUUCAUUGGAGAAAUGUUGGAGGGUGUGGAGUUAUCCAACCCCCGAGCUGUCUGAAGGCAAACCUGUAUAGGGAAGUUUUAAAAAAUGUUUAAUGUUUUAUUAUGUUUUAGAUAUGUUGGAAACUGCCAAAAGUGGCUGGGGCAACCCAGCAAGAUGUGUGGUGUAUAAAUAGUAAAAUUAGCAUUAUGGAAUGGGACAUCCCUAUUUUCAUCGGAGAAAUAUUGGAGGGUAUGCAGCUAACAUUAAGAAUUAGAACCAUCGUUUUGAAAUACUCCUCAGAUAUGCCUCUAAGAUAACUAAAUGAGAACAUGAUUGUGUACCAUUGGAGAUAAUAGUCAUGGAUAUUUCAAGUUGUCAUUAUUCUAUGAGUACGUCUAGAUCCAUUUUGAGCUGUACUUUAAAAAACAAACCAAAACACCAAUAGCACUCCUGUCAUGGUCAACAUAUUAACAGAUCUUACUUCAGAAGCCAGUGCAGCUUAGACUAUUGAAGGCUCACCAGACAUUGUGGGAUGGGGUGUGCACCACUGGUGUGAAAAUAUGGGUGUUACAAGAGAGUCUCCUGUUUAGCUCUUAAAUAUUCCAGGAUGUAUCUGUUAUUUAUGACAUACAUCAAGUGAGAAUGGGGAAGAAUCUUUAGAAGAAGGAAUAAAGUGCACCAUCAUUUGAAUGCAGCAUUUUCCACAGGAGACCAAUAUCUGUCACAUAUACUAAAAUGUCAGCACCAGCAAUAACCUUCCAGUUCACGAAGAAAGGAUCAUGCUGAAUGAAUGUGGAUUUCUUGGUCAUUCGAAAGGGUUUAUAGCUUGGACAAGCCAUUACAUAAAGCCUUUAGUGCUGUGGAAUUACAGAUGGAGAAAGGAAUUUUACAGAUGGGCAGUUUUAGUUGAUCAGGUUAUAGUGUAUGCCAGGGAUAAUCUCCAUUUAACAUCUAUUUUUUUAAAAAUAAAUAUUUAUUAAAGUUUUCACAAUAUUACAUAAUGAAAAAUAAAAAACAAAAAACAAAAAAUAAAAAACAGUUAAAAACAAUUCCAUCUUUUUGUCACUUAUCUUUCAUUUGCUUGUUUCCCGGACCUCCUCAUACCUCCCUUUUUUGUAUUCCAGUUCAAUUUAUUAGUUCAGCAAUUCCUUUCCCUCCUUAUUUUAUCCUGAUCCUUAAUCUUAAUAUAUUAUAGCAUUAAAUUUUUACCUAUUAAAAAUCCAAUUCUUUCAUAUUCUUUUAUACCAUUACAGCUAGAAACCACUUAACUUCAAUCCAACAUCAUUCUAACAUUCGUUAAUUUUGCAAUAUUUCUGUAAAUAGUCUUUAAAUUUCUUCCAAUCUUCUUCCACCGACUCUUCUCCCUGGUCUCGGAUUCUGCCAGUCAUUUCCGCCAAUUCCAUAUAGUCCAUCACCUUCAUCUGCCAUUCUUCCAGAGUGGGUAGAUCUUGUGUCUUCCAAUACUUUGCAAUGAGUAUUCUUGCUGCUGUUGUGGCAUACAUCUCCAUUUAACAUCUAGGGCACCAGGAGGUGAGAGCCAAAGGAAAAAAAUGAGAGUGUUAAAUGCCCAAGCACUACCACAUGAAAAACACUCAUUAAUUUCUGAGCCAUGCUCUUCAUUUUACUAAUGCAGGCAGUUGUCUUCUAUUCAGAAAUGAGAAAGUAAAAGGAAACGGCCAAAAUUAAUUAAGCAAUUAAACAACGACUUCUGUCCUGCAUUUUGAGUCUCCUGUGACUCAGCAUUCUUUGCAACUUAAUUACCCAUGAACUGUGUUUUUCAUGCUGGAGGUUGGAUAGGGAUACAUUUUGUUAAAAGAGACAGACCAGACAAUUCAGUGUUGUUUAUUUAUUGCUCAGUUAUUUUAGGCUGCUCUCUCUUUUGCUCCCCUGCCUCUCCCUUGAGAUGAUUGUCUUUGUGUCUUCCUUUGUUGCCUUGGAAAAAAUAUAUAUUCAAAAUGAUAUUUAAAAGAAUGCCUGAUAUAUUUGCAACCUUUUGAGAAGAAUUAGAAUUGGAAUCUCAUUAACACAUGAUGCAAUCCAUCAGACCAGGACCUGUUUCCAGUCCCCUGAGCAAGCUUCCUCUUGCUGGCCUCUCCUAUUGUAGUUUGAUUAUUGAUUCUUCUUUUCCUUUUUCAUUGUUUUGUGUGGCACUUAGAAAUGCAGAGCAAGGGGAGAGAGCCUUUUUGAGGCAAUCUGCUUGAGUUGGUGGCGGGACAUGAAUUGCCAGGUCAGCAGUGUGGUCUUCUGUUGUGCUCCUGUUACUCAGAGUGACCAGCACCACUUAACUGCAAGGCAGAAUGGUGAAGGCUGCUUUCUGAAGCCCCGGGAAGAGGAUGUUAUGUGUCCACUUCCCAGGCUUUGGAAGUUGCUGUUCCAGCUUAGAACUUUUCUAGGUUCAGACUUCUUGUUGUUGCUUGGAAGAGAUUUUUUUUUAAAUAAAAAAAAUCAAAUCACCUCCAGUCUGAAUUGAUACAGUCCAGAAGCAUAUACACCCCAUCAUUUGUUUGCCAUAGUAACUGUUUGUAUGCCUGUCUGCAUGCCCUCCAACAUUUCUUUGAUGAAAACAGGGACGUCCCAUUCCAUAAUGAUGAUUUACUAUUUAUACCCCACACAUCUUACUGGGUUGCCCCAGCCACUCUGGGCAGCUUCCAACAUAUAUAAAAACAUAAUAAAACAUUAAACAUUAAAAAAAAUCCCUAUGCAGGAUUGCCUUCAGAUGACUUGGAGUUUGGAUUUGUAUUCCACCAUUCAAUCCAGAGCAAUCCUCAAGGAGAGCUUGCAUAAAAUAAUAAAAUGCACAGUUACAUUAGGCGAUGUGGCGUUUGCCCAUUCCUUGUGAUUAUGUUUGUACAGGCAGGGGAAGGGCUUAAUGUAGAUUGACCAAUGAGAAAGCUCAGAGGCGGAGCCUUCCUGGUUUUGAGGCUCAACCCAGGGUUUACCAUUGGGAGAUGGAGGAGUGAGGGUCAGACAGAGGCAGAAAAAAGUAGAACAUAGUGGUUGUGACAGAGUGAGAGACAGGGAUAGAACUGAGAGAGAAGAGUGUGACAGUGUGAGAUAGUGCCACAUCUAGUUAAGGGUGCGCAUUUGAGAAACUGUUCUGAACAUAUUUAAAACUUGUUUGUUCUUCAAUAAACUAUAAUCUUCGUUGUUGACUUUACAACCUGACUGAGACUUAGUAUUUCACCAAAAGAAACCUGGUUGAUGGCAGCAGAAGAAUAAAGUAGUGGUGUAGAGGUCAAUAGUCCAUGAAACAACCGGGGGCUCUGUACAAACGCCACAGGCUGCUUUAUCCCAUGACAGAUAGUAUUUCUCUGGGGCAGCCCAUUGCCUUCUGAACCCUAGUUCUCAUUAGAUUGUUGUGGCUAUUCUCAUUGCUUUUUACCCCAUCUCACUUCCCUGACACUACUGGCAACAAGAUGGUCACUUGCCUGGCUGUGCGCUCUGUAUUCCCUUCCCCAUGGGGACUGCAAUUUACACCUAUUAUUAGAAAGAUGAUCUAUGAUCCAUGAAGCAGCUUUUAUACUUAACAAAGAUGCUGUUGAUUCCUUGGAUGUUCAUAUCCCAAUGACAGCUCAGAGAAGUAAAAUAGUUAAAACAUUUCUCUCCAGUAUGGUGAAGUGGUUAAGAGCGGUAGACUCGUAAUCUGGGGAACUGAGUUCGUGUCUCCACUCCUCCACAGGCAGCUGCUGGGUGACCUUGGGCUAGUCACACUUCUUUGAAGUCUCUCAGCCCCACUCGCCUCACAGAGUGUUUGUUGUGGGGGAGGAAGGGAAAGGAGAAUGUUAGCCACUUUGAGACUCCUUCGGGUAGUGAUAAAGCGGGGUAUCAAAUCCAAGCUCUUCUUCUCCUAGUCAUAUUAAAUUCAAAAUCUUUGUAACACCAUUGUUUACUGAUAUAUUUGAACUGGCAUCAGGUACAGAGGUUUAGAUCCAAGAUUAUGUUUCAGGAAAUGUGAUACUGACUCUAAUUUCCCUUCCUCUUUGCAUAUGUUGAGUAUGAGCAAGUCAAAAUUAGUACUCCUAAGUCCCAGAAGGGACGCAGGUGGCACUGUGGGUAAAACCUCAGUGCCUAGGACUUGCCGAUCGUAUGGUCGGCGGUUCGAAUCCCCGCGGCGGGGUGAGCUCCCGUCUUUCAGUCCCAGCUCCUGCCCACCUAGCAGUUCAAAAGCACCCUUAAGUGCAAGUAGAUAAAUACCGGUAGGUACCGCUUUAUAGCGGGAAGGUAAAUGGCGUUUCCGUGUGCUGCGCUGGUGCUGGCUCGCCAGCUGCAGCUUUGUCACGCUGGCCACGUGACCCGGAAGUGUCCUUGGACGGCGCCGGCUCACGGCCUCUAGAACGAGAUGAGCACGCAACCCUAGAGUCGGACACGACUGGCCCGUACAGGCAGGGGUACCUUUACUUUUACCUUUAAGUCCCAGAAAUCACACUGGGCAUGCUUUAGGUAUGUGUUGUGUAGUUCAAUCCAGGUUUGCUCAGAAGUGCAUCCUACUGUGUGCAAUAAAGCUUACUAGCAGUUGAUUGGGCAUAGGAUUGCAGCCUAACUCUCUCUGGACGGUGGCCCUUUCCUUGUUGCCUUUUUCUGAACACCCCUUUCACCUUAAAAAGGUGAUCAGAAUCAAGGCCAGUCCAGUGCUGAGUUUUUAAAAUUUCCUUUUGGCCAAUUCACUCUGAGAUGUCAUUGGCCUUCCUUUCUGCUGCACCAUGCCCCUCUCUAAAGUUCAGCUUGUGAUUCAUUGCAGCUUCUAACUCCUUGACAGGCCUAAUUCCCCAUUUUAUUGUAUGCAUUUGCUGUAUGUGAUCUCUUGCACUUGUCCACUUUAUAGUUCUCAGAUGAUUACUCUAAUUUAUCAAGGUCACUUUGAUGAAAUUCUUGGUUUUCAUAGUUCCUAUCGUCCUUCCUAGCUUUGCAUCAUUAAAAAAUUGGAUUCAAAUAUUCUUCAUUUCUUCAUUUGAGUAUGCAUUAGAAAGGUAGGAUGGCAUCAGAUACAGAACAGCCUCUUUGUCAGUUUAGCAUUCACUUAUAACUAUGGGCUCAAGCCAGCCAAAAUUAAGCACUGCUAAGCCCCAUUGAUUCCAAUGUGAGAAUUAACCACUAUCUCCCUUUAAAACCAAUAAGACCUAGAAAUACUAGAUUUUAGUUGAACUGCAUGUGACUUUUGGAAUAUGGCCCAUUUCUAACAUUUGUGGACCAUUUUUCACCACUGUUCAAUUCAAGGUGCUAUUCUUGAUCAUUGAAGAACUCAUGGAAUAAGAGGAGAGGUCUUCUUAUGACCAGGAACUGUUUAAGGAACAGGAAUUAGAGAAAGGGACAAAUCUCUCAAUGGAGGGAUGUGGGAGAUGGAGUCCCUUAAGAAUCAAUAUUGGGACUUGUGCUUUGUAACUUGUUCAUAACCACUCCAGAGUUAGGGGAGAGGAGCAAGGUAGCCAAGUUUCUUGAUGAUACCAAAUUGUUCAAGAUGGUUAAAGCAAAAUAAUAAUAAUAAUAACAAUAAAAAAAUAAAAUAAAAAAUAAUCCUCCAAAAAGGAUCACUCCAAACUGAGUGUAUAGGCAGUAAAAUGGAAAAUGUAGUUCAAUGUAAACACGUGUACACAUUGGGACAAAACAAAUCCUAAGUUUAUGUAUGCACUCAUGGGGUCUGAACUGGUGGUAAAUGACCAGAAAUGAGACCUUGGGGUAGGUAGUAGGGGGUAGUUCAAUGAAGAUGUUUACCCAGUGUACAGCAACUAUGAAAAAGGUGAAUUCCAUCUUACAGAUUAUUACAAAAUAUACUGAAAAUAAAACUGCCAAUAUCAUAAUAUUGUAAUACAAAUCUGUGUAGAGAGCACACCUGGAAUUCUGUGUAUAGUUCUGGUCACUUAACCACAAAAAGGAAAUCACAGAGCUGGAAAAUUAUCAAGGGGUUGGGACAUCUGCCCUUUGAAGAAAGGUUGCAAUAUCUGGGGCUGUUUAGAAAAUAAAGAGGAGUAAGGUCUCCACCCCCAUUGUUCAGCCCGGACACUGAGGUCCAGUUUCAAGGGCCUUCUGGUGGUUCCCUCACUGUGAGAAGUGAGGUUACAGGGAACCAGGCCGAGGGCCUUCUCGUUAGUGGCGCCAGCCCUGUGGAAUACCCUCCCAUCCGAUGUCAAGGAAAUAAACAACUAUCUGACUUUUAGAAGACAUCUGAAAGCAGCCCUGUUGAGGGAAGUUUUUAAUGUCUGGUGUUUUAUGGCGUUUUUAAUAUUCUGUUGGGAGCCGCCCAGAGUGGCUGGGGACAUCCAGCCAGAUGGGCAGGGAAUAAAUAAAUAAUUAAUAAUAAUAAUAAUAAUAAUAAUAAUAAUAAUAAUUAGGUGGGGUAUGAAAGAGAAAUACAAAAUUAUGCACAGGGUGGAGAAAAUCUGUCUCAGAAUUAUACAACUUAGGGCCACCCAGUAAAGCUGAAUGUUGGAAGAUUCAGGAAAGACAAAAGGAAGUCCUUUAUUCAUACAGCACAUAGCAGCAAAUCUAUGGAAUCUGGUCUGACAUAGUGAUGGCCACCAACUUGCGUGGCUUUAAAAUAGGAUUGGUCAGCUCAUGGAAAGUAAAGGCUUUUUGUAGCUACUUGACAUGGUGGGCAUAUUCUCACUCCUCUAUCAGUAUACGAGUUGCUGGGAAUCACAAGUGGAGAGAGUGCUGCUAAUAAUCAGGUCCUUUGAGAAGUCUCCCCAUAGGCAUUUGGUGGCCACAGUGAAAACAUAAUUUUGGACUAGAAGGCUCUUUGGGCUGAUCCAGCAAAAUUGUUCUUUUGUUCACGUGUCAGAGUAUUUAAAUAAUGAAAUACCGGUAGUGCAUACUUUCUCCAUGUAUCAGGGGCCUAACACACACACAACUCUACACAAUUAGAAGCCUGAGUGAAGGGGUAAGUUUUUAACUGGAGCCAAAAUUCAACCAAUUUUAGGUGGCAGCAGUAUUUCAAGAGGAAAGGCAUUCUACAACCGCAGAACCACCACUGUGAAGGCCCUCUCAUGAGUCACAGUACUGGGGACCUUGCAUGGUAAUGGUUUAGCAAGUAGGACUAUCCUGGGAGAUCUAGGAGUCUGUAAUGGAUCUUAAGUCAUUUAAGGCUUUAUAAGACAACGCUAAAACAUUGAACUAGGUCUUGGUAGUGUAGAGUACACCUAUUGUGAAUGAAAUUCAGCUCAACAUGUGUUGUUGUGUACCAGUCAAAAAGCCACAAUUCUACAAUGCAACAGGUGCUGCAGUAUGAAAGCAUCAUUAUGAAAUGGAACAGAAAUUCAGACAUUAUAAUAAAGAAAACUAAUGCAAUAUUCCCCACAUUUGCACUCAUUCCAUGCAACCCCAUCCAAUUCUGAGAUACAGGAACUUUACCCACAAAACCUCUGUCUUCCCAGGAUUCAAUUUGAGUUUGUUAGCCCUCAUUCAGUCCAGUAUUUGUAUGUCCAGACAUUAUUUCUGUGUCUAAUGUGGCAUCGUGAUGGGAAAGACGGUGAGCAAUUGAACUGGGACAUACCUGUCUGCCUGCAUUUAAAAGUCCUCAAAGUACAGUGGGGUAGACAGGCUAUUGAAACCAGUUCCAUUAUUUGUCCCAGACGUCCCAAGCUUUGCCUUCAUUUUCAGAACUACCUUUACAUCUUAGAACAAACUGUUUCAACAGUGCUGUGGAAAUGCUUAGAUCUCUUAAAUACAAAGUUGCUAAUUUGGAUGGAUCACUUGGAGGCCUAGCUUUGAUAAUGGCAGAGGUUUCAUCAGAGCAAUUUCUUGUCUGGUUGGAACAGGUUCAUUAAGCUAAAAACACACUCAAAUCAGGCAUCUGCUUAACAAAUGCUCAUGGCAAAACUAAUUAGAUUUGCCAGGUUAGUGCGAAUCAACAGAAGUCCUGUGAGAUUCAAGCAAUAUUAUUUCUUCUGAAAUAAGGCAGGCUAGUUUUGCAGGCAAAUUAACAUGUAUUCAUUGUUAGAUGGGUUCAGAAAAAAUAUUUUUGAAUAAUUUGUUUAUGUAUCUUCAACAAUUAGGCACGUCUUAUAAGAAGAAGUGUUGAAACCUUCUGCAGGUGUAAUAUGCUCCACUCUUUUAGAAUUACUCUAAUUUCUGACUUUCAGAAUUAGCUUUCAAAUUUGCACUGUCUCUAUAGUGGCAAGGUAUCCUUUCUGAGUGGAGCAUCGAUUUGAACCCAAAUACCAAUCUGAACACUCUAGAUAAUAUCAUGCUUAAGUCCAAUUGUGGCCAGAGCUGGCUCAAAAUAUUUUUCUGCCUGAGGCAAAAGACAAGAGCUCCCCCUCCACAAUUCCACUUGGAGAAGUCCUCUGCCACCUCUGAAGGAAGCAGGUGGUACAAGACAGGUUGUGUGACAUGCACAGUUCUAUCCUCCAAUAGAAGAAUGCCUGGCGAACUCAGGAAGAAUGUCCAGCAGGUCACUGCUGCCUGCCACCCAGCACCUGCUGCUUGAGGCAAUCACCUCACUCUAUUGGUAGGGCUGGGCUUGAUCAUGAGGCUUAUACCAAGCACAAGCAACUUGUUCUACUGAUGUCAAUGGGACUUAGUCAAUUUUCUCUGGGUUGAAGCCUUUGCCUACAUCAAGGAUGAGGAACCUCUGGCUCGCCAGAUGUUGCUGGACUUCCACUUCCAGCAACCCAAAGCAGCAUGACCAGUGUUCAGGGAUGAUUGAAGUUGUAGUCCAGCAACAUUUGGAGGGCCAAAGGUUCCUCAUCCCUGAUCUACAUCAUACUGGCUCUGCAGUGACAGGAAGUUGGUAUUGUAUGUUAACCAGCUGUGGACACAAUUGGUUGUUACUCUCUUACAAAUGGGACUUUAAAAUUUGUUGAAUUACAGAAAGGAAUACACUUCUAUUUUAUGCUCUGCAAAUAUUUUAUGCAAAUCUUUCGUUCUCCCCCUCUUGUUCCAUGCUGUCCAGUUUUGGUGAGCCUUCCUAGUCUUUUGUGAUUAUUCUCACAUGAAUACUUCCGCACCCCUUAACUCAUACUUGUUCUAUAUUUUGCGGUAUGACAGGAUUUUUUUUUGCAUUCAUUAGGACAGUACUUUGUUUGUUUCUGUCCUUUGUGGAUGUAUUUUACUUUUGUUUACUGCUCUGUCCUUUGAUUUUCAUGUCAUCUUUAUUGUAGCUCCCCUUUUUUGCUGCUGAUCUUUUCCCUACUGAUUUAUCCUUCCAUUAUAAUGGUUUUUCUUCAUGUUCUCUCCCAUCUAUCUACUGUAGUCAGCCAGAGAGCACAUCUUUCUACCACAGUGUUUUAUUCUUCUGAUCAGCAGAUCGCCUUUGUGCUCUGCCUCACUGCUGAUUUACACUCUUCUGUUACGAGCCAGGUUAUGUAGUAGCCACCCUUCUCUUUAUAGGUUAGACAAUUUUUGUGGUGGCCAAUGGUUCUAUUUACUCUUCGUUUAAAGAUUGCAACCAGAAGACAAGCUUUUUGAAAAAAUAAAAGCAGCAACAACCAAUGUUGAAAUAAGAUCCUAAUUAUCAGUUUCAUUCAAUAUUAUUUUAACUUGGAAGGUUGUUGGCAUAGAAAUACUUCUCAAACUGAUAUGAAAUGAUUUAGAAAACAAGGAUGUCUACAUCCUUUGAUUGAUUAGCUGUCUGGCCUUUAAUUCAAUCAUUAGAAACAAAGGUAAAUACCACAGAAUGCCACCGUUGGUGAAAGUCUGAAAAUAUUUGAUUAAAAAAGUAAUUGACCUAAACAUAUACGGAAUUUAUUUAGGGGAUGGGGAUAAUUUUAAGCAACUCACCUACUCUAGGGAUGUACUCAUCCUAGAUGUUUGACAAAGGAUGUGGUUACAUCCUAAGGAAGGUGCUACUAGUUGUAAAGAGAAUUAAGACUUCCAACAUCUUCUUGCGUUUGCUGUUCCUGGGUAGAGAUUACCUUUAUGUCACAAGCACUUUGAGCCUUCAGUGGCAACCCACAGAAUGUCUGUAAGAGAUACUGUCUGCAUACACACCAUACCCUGAAGGCAAAUUUAAAGCACAUGGCUUUCCUCAAAGAAUAAUGGGAAUGGCAGUUGGGUGCUGGGAAUUGGAGGUCUGUGCAAAGCCAGAUCUGGCCAAAGGUUGGAGCAGCAGGAAGACCAGCAAGAAAAGCCUGGAAACCUCCUUGCACUAACAGACCAGAGAGGGUCCACUAGUAUACCCCUCCCCCUCCCCCUACACAGAUCAGGCAGCUCUGGGCACCAGGGAGACUAUGCUUUUGUCAUUUCUUGUUGGCCAUGAACAAAUUCAUCUUGCUUCCUGGUUCUCAGCCUUUGUUUUGCCCUGUCCUGGACACAGUUUAUCAGGAGCUGAGUGUGACAUGGUCAUGAUGCUUCUCUCACUUUUAAGGAUAACAUAAAUGAGGCUGGAGAUGCCACUUAUUUUAUUGGCAGUGCUGCAAAAUAUAUUUCUCAUUGAUUUCAUCUGUUUCUCCCCAAAGUACACAUUUCCUCUCAAAAUAGGCAUUUUCAAAUGUGUUUUGAUAUACUUUUUUGUCAAGAACUGCUCCGGAACAGUUGGGAAAUGUGAAGGCUGCUAGAUCACCACGUUCCAGUAUGCACACUAGUCCAAGAGAUACAGAUCAGGUCAAUUUGUACUGGGAUUUGCAAAGAUUGAAUUCCUCAAGCAUCUUUAACUGUAACUCAUUUUGGUGGAGAGAGCUCAGCUUUUCAAUUGCAACCUAUGCCCCUAGGCUUUCCUUUUCCCUUUUCUGAUUGUUUGAAGUUCUCCAUUGGUUGGCAACUGCCACAAGCAGAGGACCAGUGGUUGCCUUAAGCAGAGCAGUUCAAUGGAUCAUCCUAUAUUCUGAUAUCGCUAAUAAGCAUCCAUCUAGAAUGGACAACUCCAAUUAAAAGCUGGUUGUUUCAAAACUACAAUUUGCAGUUUAUGAGUCAAUUACCUUUUCGUAAAUCAAAUGAAUGCCUUUAACCAUAUUAAAAAAAUAUUCUGAAAAGGUGUUCCAGUCUUGUUUACGCUUUCAUUUUAGAUUGAAAGAUGUUCUGAAAUAAACUACCUACCAGGAAUAAAUUCACAAGGGCAGCUGAUAGCAUGUUUCCACAAGUUUCUUAAAAAAAAUAAACUAAACCAAUCAACCAAAAAAGAAACAUUUAAGGAAGGCUGUAAUUAACCACAUUUUAUUAUACGUUUUAUUUUAUUUUUAUUUGAGAGUGGCAUUCGUGAAAGGUAUAUGAUUAUUAUACUGUGGUUAUAAAUGCUUAGCUGACAAAGUUAACUGGGAUGAUAAGCUCAUAUAAAAUGAUAAGGGAGGAAAUGAUUGAAUGGAAUACAUCUAUUUAUCUAUGAACUAGGUAUAACAGAUUUAAGGUUAGACUGUUCAUUGCUAUAAAGGAAAUUAAUCUAAAUUUUUUAUAAGCAAACACAAUUAUUUAAAUAUUUGAUAUAAGAUUUUAGAGGUAAUUCCUAUCUGUAAUGGAUUUACCUCUAAUAGAUAAUAGAUUUACAUUUACAUUUUAAAGAGAAAAUGAAAUAUAAUCUUAAAGGUCUUGUAUUAUCAUAGGAACAUUGAAUAGUUUAUAUAAUAGGAUGUAUUGCACUAAACAAUAUGCUUAAUAAUGUUCGUAUAUAAUCAUUUAGAGUUUGUAUGGCACAUGUAUUGCCUAUAUUCAUUAAAUAAAUAAAAAUGUUUAGCUUAGGUUUAGCUCAUUAUUGGGCAUAAAAUAAAAGGUAAGCUUGGACACAAUAGGAGACAACAGAGAAAGCUGUAUAAUUGAUAUGACAGCUAGAAACUACUGACCACAUACUCAUUUGUAAUGAUUAUCAUAAUGAAGGAAUAACUAUUAUAACUAAAAGUAUCAGAAAAUGAAAUCACCCUUGUUCAACCAUAUUUGACAGUUUGGAAAUUUGUUUUUAGGGAAAAGGAUAAUGAAGUCCUUAUAUUUGAUGGUGAGUUUGCUAGAGAAUGCACUGACCAUCCAAAAGUUAAGGGAAGAGUAAAAGGAUGUUUAGAUAUUUAUCAUCAUGAGGGUGAUGGAUGACAUCUUUCAGCCACUAGUAAUGGGAUUUUAAAAAUUCAGAUAGGAGGGAAUUCAUACUUAUUUUAGAUAAACUAUCAUUCAUCCAAAAAAGGAGUGGGUGAUUUAUUCUGCAUAAAUAUAUGAGCUGGAUGGACUCAGUUUACAUAUAUUAUUUACAUAUAAAUGGCAUAAUUUGCAUGAAUUUGGAAACAUGUUUGCAUUUGGUGGGCAGGCCUUUCUUCUCUGUUUCUCAGGGAGAUUAGAAGCAACAGUUCUGAGAAAGUUCUGGAAAUCAGAGUUAAUAAAUAUAUUUAUUUGUACUUAAUGUAUAGGAACUUACAAUGUUUGCUCACAAAACAUGCAGUGCUGGAUUACCAGAUAGGCAGAAUAGGCACGGGCCUAUGGGCCUUACACUUUUUAGGGGCCCUGUGACAAUAUUGAUUUGAUCUUGAAAGAAAAUUACAAUCAAGCUUUCUUAGUUCAAUGUUAUCUGACUAGAGCGCACACAUGAGCUCCCCCCUCCGAGAUUUUGACUGCUUAAGGGCCUCCACAAGAUUUAAUUCAGCACUCGAAACAUGUCCCAACAGAACCAAAGAGAAUUUGUUGCACCAAAUUUGGAAACAUCAUAUAAAGCUUCACCAACAAAUCUUUUUCUGUUGCAGACCCUGGCAUCUCAAAUUUCAGUGGUGCCCUGUGCGACGCCAAAAUCCAUCACCCUCUUGCCUCCUGUUGGAUGUCAUAGUUGCGGUGCCUGCUGUGGAGCCCCAAAAGCUCCAUGCCUGGUACGACCAAACCAGUCAUGCUCCCACAGAUCCACCUUUGUCUUUUGGUUAGCAUGGCUGGCCAACCCACUUCCUUUGUAAUUACAGUUCAACAGCCACAUGUUGUAAUGACCCUGGAGUAAACUUGUUAUUGUGUGUGAGAGAGAGAGUGAGUGAGAGAGAGAGAGUGGGUUAACCUGUAAAGCUUGCAGUCCACUCCUCUUCAGGUAACAAACUAGAGGAGCUUUCUGUAACUUGGUGCCCUCUAGAUCCGAGAUUGCCAAAGUCUCUCCCCCUCUAACCACUUGAAAAUUGUUGAGUGUUUUGAUGGGCUUAAUGGUUUAUCUGCCUGUUGUUUGGUAAUCGUAAAGUGUUUUUUUAAUUACAUGGAAUUCAAAUGUUAAUACAAGAAAACACAAUAAGAAAUAAUAGAAGCAUUAAAGAAUAAUAGAAUCAUAGUAUUAUAGAGCUGGAAGGGACCGCAAGGGUUAUCUACUUUCUUGUAACUUGAAGCCGUUGGUUUGGCUUCUACCCUCCAGAGCAGGAGAAAACAAGCUUGCUCCAUCUAGCAUGUGAUAGCCCUUUAGAUAUUUGAAGAUGGUUAUCACAUCUCCUCUCAGUCUCCUCUUUUCCAGGCUAAGCAAACCCAACUCCCUCAACCAUUUCUCAUAAAGUUUGGUUUCCAGCCCCUUGAUUAUCUUGGUCACUUUCCUCUGCCCAGCAUUCCAGCUUGUCAAUAUCCUUCUUAAACUGUGGUGCCCAGAACUGGACACAGUACUCCAAGUGUCCUCUGACCAAGGCAAAAUAUAGUGGGACUAUUACUUCCCUUGAUCAGGACACUAUACUUCUGUUGAUACAGCCUAGAUGUACUACUGGCAAGUCAGAUAUCCACCGUCUUAUAUUUGUGCAGCUGUUUCUUCCUGCCUAAGUGUUGAACCUUACAUUUGUCCUUAUUGAAAUUCAUUUUGUUAGUUUUGGCCCAGUUCUCCAAUCUGUUAAGGUCAUCUUGAAUCCCAACUCUGUCUUCUGCGGCAUUAGUUACCCCUUCUGUGUUACCUGAAAAUUUGAUGAGUGUGCCCUCAGUUCCUUCAUCCAAGUAGUUUAUAAAGACAUUGAUCAACAAUGGGCCCAGGACAGGACUCUGCCACAGUCCACUUGUCACUUUUUUCCAGGAUGAUGGCAAAGAAAUAUAAGUGAGCACUCAUUGGGUAUGGUUAUUCAAUCCCCAAAAUUACAGCUUCCGUGAAAUCUUCAACAGCAACCCCAAGGAGAGUGCACUGCUAUAAUCCAAUCAGGUUACCAGUAUAUGGACUACUGCAACCAUGCUAUUCCUGCCCAGGAGUGGUCAUAGCUGGAUGGCCAACUAAAGCUGGCCAAAAACACUCCAGGCCACCAAUAGUAAUUGAGUCUCAAGUGGCAGUGUUUAAGAGCACUCCCAGAUUAUUUAUCUGCUCCUUCAAGGGAAAGACAAUCCUAUCCAGGGUUUCUGGAUCAGGCCCUAUGCUGGCUAGCACCAGUUGUGAGAGCAGUUUGGGAUCCAAGAGAAUCCACGACAACUCAGCCCUGACUGUCCAUACAUUUGUUUGCCGGCAGGGAGGAUAGGCAAUCCCAGAUUGCACUGAUAGUAGGCUUUGGUAAAAGAGGGCAGAGAGAUGCCUCAGUUCAAUCCAACCUCUUGCCCAUCAACCCAUUUGGAUUGUCAUGUGCAGUUUGGCUCAUAAUGACAUUCAGUUUUGUUGCAUUGUCAGCAUCGUUCAAAUAUUUAAAAAUAUGUUACCCACCACUGAAUCCAAGGAAAAUCCCCUUUUAAUCACAAAAUACCUUUGCCCAAUAAAUUAUUUUAAGAAAGGACUUACAGGCUCCCAUUAAAAUUGAUAGCAAACCUACACAUUUAUUUCAUCCCCAUUUUUCUGGCUAGUGACUAUUGUGUGCUUUGCAUAUAGCUUUCUAUACUAGAGGGCAUACUUUCAUUGUAGAGCGCUGAAGGAUGAAUUAAUAGAAAAAAAAGAAAAGAAAAGAGAGAGAUGCUAAAUAUGGAAGUUUAAUACAACAAAAUGCUUUUCUCAAAAUUGCUAUCCCUGGGUGCCAUUUGGGAACAGUUCAACAGAAGAGCUGUUCCAUUUGUCUGCUGCUUUUGAAUUGUGUGUUAACUUGUGUGGAAUGCAGGGAAAUAAUUCAUUCUCUUUUCAGUUUGGUGGGGAGAAAACCUGAAUAGGGAAUGAUCUCAAUGAGGUUAAGUAGAGCUGGCUGGUGCCCAUUGGGUAUGUUGAGGGAGAGGGCAGGCCAGCUAAAGUAUACACACAGAGACACACCCACACACCUUUAUCAUCCACACCCACACAACUACAGAGACACACUCAACACAAACUGUCACACAUGAACAGGGAAGAGCAGGGUGUGGCAUCUCCCGUUCAGCACUUGAGGGCUUCUGCCACCUGAGGCAGUGUCAAGGAGCUGUCAGGUAAGUACAGAUCAUUCAUGGGGCAGGAAAGAACUUGAGACACAAAAUGUAAUUAGCUUUUAUUAAAAGAAAGUGACAACACAGCAGAGUUCCUCUGGCUCAUCUCCUCUACUUGGAGAUGUUGCUGAAACUGACCACUGCCUGAUGUACAUCUGAUGAGAGUAGCAUUCCCACUGUAGUGUAUGCACUCCCCCCCCCCAUUAUCUCUAGUAAAGCAAGAGCAUAAUGUUCCUUAAUGUCUGAAAUACGUUUUGACCCUGAGUGAUACUUUCCCACCAUGUGCUGCUUUCUUUUCCUUUCUCUCCCCCCACCCCCAAUGUUUUCUUUUUAUAAAUAGUGGCUAAAGGGAAUGCUACAGUGUUUUAAAAGCCUUUUAAAGUUUGAUGUUGGCCAAACGUAUCAUUUCUUCCCCCCGUUAGUGGUGUAUCUUAACAUUGAUCGGGUUAAUAUUUUAUGGACCAAACCUCCAGUUACAUAAAAGCCUCUGAAUGGGGAAUUCUGACUCAUUUAGGUUUCUUUAGCUAUAAAAGAUACCUCUUUAUUUCACCCCAAGGUACCCUGUGAUCUGCGCAUCUCUCUCUUUCAAGAUAGCUGUGUCUGGUAGGGUGAGGGGAGCCAUUAGCUAUAUGCUCACCAGGCUAAGUCCUGCUCCAUUGACUGCUCUGUUCUCUCAUCGGUGGAGUUGUGAUCUGAUAGAAGAAUUCCCUCUAAGCCCUUAUCCAAGCCAUUCAGGCUCUGAAGAAGUCAGCAUGCAGUCCAGCUUCUUUUCUCCUUCUUGGCUUGGCUGGUUCAGUCUCCUGGGGGUGAUAGCUGUCUUUCCAUCUAGUCUUUCUUUUUAAAGGGUUUCCUGGUCAGAAGCAUUACUUCAGGGCCAUAAAUAGGUAUGCCCUCCCAGUACUGUCCUUCCGGUCAUUUGAUUUGUGGCAUCCACCACAAACAUGCCACCUUGGGAUGAACUUUUGGCUUCUGUAAGGCUGCUCACCGGUGGCAAGUGCUGACCUGCCGUACCUUUCUCCAGGUUGGAUUAUUAAGACUUCCUGACUGGCAACUUGUAAAUAAAUCAGGGUGACCAAAUCCUGAUAAAGAUGUAAAAAUGAAAGACAUUUACAGGCACUCCAAUCCACCAGGUUUGGGGUAUACACUCUGUUGGGGUUCUUGCAUCUCUGUACUUGCCAUCGAGACUGACCAACCAAAAUGUCUCUGUAUAGAAGGUAUGGUGUAAAUCAGCUGACAACCAAUCAUCUUGUGACCAUGUUUGCAUCUUCACAAUCCAUAAAGUGUACAACUUCACUCCAGCUGUCGGCACUUUUAGAAAAUGCGGCUUUGCAUGGCUGCAAUUAGGGCGCAGUUACAAAAAUAUCUCUCUCAAGAAAAUAAUGAAAACAAAAUACUCCUGUGACUGACUACGUUGAAGAAAUUUGCAAUACUGCUCAGUUUAACAGAAUAUGGACAGGCAUGAGUUUGAGGAUCAUCUUGUCUGUCUCUUAGUGCUGACCCAUUUCAUUGAGCUUGAGCUUCCGCAGCCGCUGGCUGCCAUGGGCAAGACGGGCAGUACCAGCAGCAGAUACGUUCUAUGUUUAUGAUAAAAUUUUAUUCUCUUGUUAAUUGUGCUGUUUUAAAUGUGCAUUUUAUAUAUGAUUUCCUUUAAUAAUGUUCUCUCUCGAAAUGUUGACUUUACUGCAUCAAAUGUGCACUCUGUUGCUGACCUCCUUUGUCAUGUUUUCUUUUGAAGUCUUUAAGAUAAUAUUUUAGCGCAGAAUCACCAUGGUUUGUGCACAUUCUCCAUUGAUCUCACAAGUGCCACAGCAUAUGCACAAUACAGCUUUAAGAUAAUAUGAGUCAGAGGUAAUUGUUAAAUACUAGGAAGGAAAGUGUUAACCAAAGAGUUUGCCAAGUUUCCACUGCUCUUGUCUUAGGUUAAUUGGAUUUUCAUUUUGUGGAUUUCAUUUUCAUUUUCUGUGGGUUCUUCUUAAACAACAACGUAAUUAUGAUAUAACAAGUCUAAGGUAGCUGGCUCUAACUGAUCUUCCAAUAAAUUCAAUGACAGAUGAGGUGAUUAGACAGCACACAAUUACUUUAAAAUGAUAUUUCUAAUGUAGCUUUACUGUGUAUAGAAGGGGGGGGGGAGUAAACAAAACUAAUGUACUUUGAAGGAAUCCUAAUUGUGACUUGUCAAUUUUAUUUCCCAGGGGGUAUUUUUUAAAUACAGUGGUGCCUCGCAAGACGAAAUUAAUCCGUUCCGCAAGAGUCUUCGUCUAGCGGUUUUUUCGUCUUGCGAAGCAAGCCCAUUGACGGAUUAGCGCUAUUAGCGCUAUCAGCUGUUUAGCGGCUAUUAAAGGCUUAAAGGCUUAGGGGAUUAGCUGCUAAAAGGCUAUUAAAGGCUAUUAAAGGCUUAGCAGAUUAGAUAAAGGGGGAAAAGCGAAAAAAUCUCUAGACUCGCAAGGUAUUUUCGUCUUGCGAAGCAAGCCCAUAGGGGAAUUCGUCCUGCGAAGCAACUUCAAAACGGAAAACCCUUUCGUCUAGCGGUUUUUCCGUCUUGCGAGGCAUUCGUCUUGCGGGGCACCACUGUAAUACAUUUAGAUGCCAGUCUUUUAAAUGUAGACUUCUGUUUUCCUAUCAUGAAACAAUUACGCUGAAGUAAGACUGGAGAACAUAAUUGCAGUAGGUUGUUCAUCACUACUUUUGUGAUUGUAGAGUGAUAUGCUUAAAAUCUGCUUGUUUGAGUAACAAACUGAAUUUUUUUAUCAGUUUAAUUGUGUAAUUGUAAUGAGUUAUGCAGCACAGUAACAUUGAAAUGAAAGUGCUGCAGUCAAUUCUGCUAGACUUUAGGAGGGCUUCUGUUGGCAUUGGGAGUCAGAGUUCAAUGUAUUUGCCUUAGAUAUUAUACAGUAUAUGAUCAAGCCAGUGCUAUUUUCUAGGAAAAGAGAUACUGAAACUCACCAUGAAUGUGUCCCUUGUUCCCUUAUAAUGGCAAAGGGGCCCACCUGCAAGGUGCCAGAACUGAGUUCCAGUGAGUUCUGGAUGAAAAAAGCCCUGGAAUGAGCACUAUAUACAUUUUUACAAAUAAAUUAAUUAUGUGUCUUAAUUAUUAUUAAUUUUUACUGAUUGUGCCCAGUAUGUUCCACAUACAUUACUUAUUCUUAAAGUGAAUAAUCUGAUAUAAUGGACAACAACAUCCCACAUUAAAACUUUCCCUUUUCCUAAUGAGUAGCCUGUAUAUAAUUCCAAUGAGCAGGCAGUCAUUAAAGAGCUCAGUCUGCGGCUUAUUGCAACUAAUUAUUCAGACUUUAGCACAUAAUUAACAUCUUUUUAUAGCCUCUAACUCUCCUAUUCUCUCUCUCUCUCUCAUUCUCUCUGUAAAUAACUUCAGCAAUCCCGAGUGUUCACUUGUGUGGAGCUGGAGAGUUCUCUAGGAAUGUCAGGACAAGAGGAGACUCCAUAGAUUUGAAAAGCAAAAGGGACAAUAAGCUGCCUGUUGGAUGGAAAAGGAAGAUAUUGUUGCACAAACCUCUGAUCUCUGAGCAGUGUGAGAUUCCAUGGGUUCCAGGCACUUACCCAGUGUUUGGUUUCCUUGGAAUGAGGGAGACUGUGGAGACUGUGGUGUCUUUAUGAUAUAUGGCUCAUUUCAGGGAAUAUUUUCAGCCAGAACUUGAUGGAACUCAGUUCUAGCACCCCUCAGAUGGGCACCAUUGCCUUUCUAGGAGAACAAGGGAGGUGUUCAUGGUGACUUCUGCAACCUCUUUUUCUAUAAAAAUAGCACUUGUUCAUUUGCACAUAUACACAACCUGAGCCUGUGAUGGAGGGACUCACAGUGUUAACACCCCAAGAAGGUCUUGCUUCUCCUAUGACCACAGCCUUGGAUUCCAGCCGAAAUCAAGCAUGACUUUCCCUCACAAGCUUCAGGCUGCUACCUGUUUCUAGCUCUCUCUCUCUCUCUCUCUCUCUCUCUCUGACACACACACACACACACACACACACACACCUCAACCCUGGCUUUUGCCCUUCUAACAACCAGCCAGCUGAGUGGAGUCACCCAUUUGUCCGGUGGCACAAAGCCACUUCCUUUGUUACUGUAACAACCCAUACUUAAUGGGCCAUUACCAAGAACCUGGCCUUGCUAUUCCAAAAACCGAAUCUUUUCUGAAUCCAGGAAUUAGGAGGGACUCAGGCACACUGCCUACCCAACCCUACCCUAACUUACGACAGUAUUAAAAUGCUGGAGAAGCUUUAAAAAAUAUUGGCACCUCUCAUCUGGCUGACAUGGUUGGAGGUUUAAAAGGCACCCCCCAGAUUAUGGAGACCUGUGUUUUAGAGGAGAGUUGUAUUUCACAUUUUAAAGCCCUUUGCUCAUCAAAGUAAGGUUUGACAAUACACUAUUUCUCUGGCUGGUGUUGGUGACGGGUUUUUAAUUUGUCACCUUCUAGCUCUAACAGCCAGACAAGGGCCUGAAGAAAUAGUUUUACAUUCUUCAUUUCUUCAGUAAACUUUUAAAAGAUUGGCAUAAUGUAAUACAAGGUUGCUGAGAAUGAUCCAAAUGCUUGAACUUUUAAAAGAAAACCACACACACAACUUAACUUAUAUCCCUAAACACCUAUUUUGGUAUGUGGAGUUAAGAGAACUAAGCUAUAAGGUUGAAAUUCCCCAUUUUAAAUCUUACCUCAACCACAAAAAACCUUGUGGCCUUAGAUAACUUUCAUCUCAGCUUCAUUGCCCCCUCAAUCUGUAAUCUAUUAAUAAUAUCAGCCUACCAUACCAGGUUGUUGUAGCAGAUGGGGAUUUCCGCUAUAGCUUAACCCCCUACAAUAGCAAAUAUCAGAGGGUUAAACUGAACAGUAAAUAGUUUAUUUCAGUUUAUUAAAAUAAAGAAAAAGGAGGGGGGAAGAAUUAUUAAACAAUUCAGGUUGUAUUCAACACUAGUUCUACUCAGUAUUUAGAAAUAGAGUGCAACAAGAACAUUUCAAUCUAAACCAGAUGCGAAGAAUGUUUGGCCCUCUAGUUUUUGCUGAAUGACAAUGUCCAUCAACUCUAUUCAGCAUGUCCAAUGGCCAGAGAUGAUGAACAUUGUAGUUAGUAACAUCUGGUUGGCCAAAGGUCCUCUAUAUCUGGUCUACACAACACCACCUUCACUGAAAAUUCCUGUUCAUAUCUGGAAGAGGCUAAGUGGUUCAUAUGUGUAUCUACCAUUUUGGGUGUCAAAUAUUUUCAUUCUCACAUCCACAUGCAAAAUCAAUAUAUCCUUGAGGUGAUCUGUAACCUAGGUGGUUAAGUUUGUUUGACAUAAAAUUGUUUUCAUGACACAGCUUCCCCCUUCCAGCCCCACCGUUGUUACCAUUUUUGGCUUGUGGUCUUUUUUGUAUAGCAAGAUUUAGGUUAUGGACUGUAGUAAUGGAACUGCAUUUCAAAUUUAGCAAAAUACCAUUAAGAAUUAAUUUAAGAGUCUGGCUGCGUUCAUGAAUCACAGCUGUGUGGUCAUGUAACACUUUGGAUAGACUUUCUCAGCAAAGCUCUGAUGAUAAUUUUUUGAGUGCAGACAGUUCUUCCUUUCAUUGUGGUGAGAUUCAUAGGUAUGAUUUAAGGGAGGUGCUUUAGCAGAAAUGCUGAGAGAGUAGAAAGCAAAGUUAUGGAUAAUAUUCGGGAGGUAGGGAAACAAUAGAUGGCUGGCCUGAGUCUACGUCUGCAAAUGAUAUAAACAGUUGUUAUCUUCAGUUCAUGCAAUUUGUAGAACGUUACAUUUGAAAAGGAAUAAAUGAAAUACAUAUUAAGGAAGAAUCAUUGCAAUGAUUUACUUGAGAUCACCCACUGGACUACAUUUAAAAUUCACCUGGAGGGUACACACAAAUCUCUGGAUGUUCGUGGUUGUCUCACAUGCCUCGCUAGGGGAUGAUCAUCUUCUGGUGGCAGUAGAUCAAGACAUUUCUUUAGCCUUGAUCACAUCACAUGAUGUGAUGUGAGGUCUGGGCUUUUCAGUUGGGGUUUUGCCUGCAUGGAGGAAUGUGCAUGAUGGAGGGGGGGGGGGCAGCUGUGCCAGCUGCUCUACCACGGGUUGGCUACAUGCACAAGCCAUUUCUCAGAUGUCUGCUUGAAUAGGAAUAAAUAAGUAACUAACAGUAUAUUGGCAGGGGGACAUAUUAGACCAGCUAAAGUCAUACCCUUAGAAAUGCUUUUCAGCCCACAACAAACAUGGGGGUUACAUUCCAUGGGGAUCGUACCUAAAGCCAAAAUCACACAUAGUCAAAACACAUUGGGUGACAUGAUGCAAGGGAUCAAAAGUCUUUUUUCCUGGAUGCCCAUCUCCUUUUAAAUUUUAAUGUGUCUCUUUUUUUGUCAAGCUCGUGAAGCUGAAUGCGCACAAGUUAAAUGUGUGUAUGUUGCAGGCUUCCUGUACUUUCCCCAGAAUAGCUGGCUUGGGUGGGCUGGCUCAGGAAAACUCCGCCGAGCUAAACACGGUGUGUGAGCCCUAUGCUGUUUAUCUCUGCUCUACAUGAAAUUGGAUUUUAAUGAAUUUCCCCAAGUUCUUAUAUUUCCCAAAUGUCAGAUGCAUAACAUUUGUGAGAAUUAUCAGUGUGCACCUUUUAAGCCAAGGUGGGCUUUACUUUUAAUCUUUUCCCAUCACACUGAGCAGUUCACCUCUGGUUGUUCUUGAUUUCUGCCUCCUUUCUGAUGUCACUCUCAUGUCAAGAAAACAUCCCAGCCAUCAGCCAUGCACUUUCAUACAGCUGGUACUGGCAACAAUACACCCACCAGUACUCCUAGAAUGGAAAGGUAGCAGCCAGAUAUCUUCCCCUCUCCCCACUCAAUGGUUGGUGGGUUUGACUAGCAAAGUGCCUUGCCAUGCAAUUUUUUUUUGCAAUAUUUAGCCUAAACUCUGUGAACCUUGAAUUUCAAAACAGAAAGGAACACUCAUUCUGACACUCAUUUUGGCUGUGCUUCAGUGUGCUUCCAUGUCUUCAGUGCUAAGAUUAGAUUUAAACACCCCAAACUGCAAAUUGUAACAGAAAAUACCCAGGAGCAACCUUAGCUGCAACAUUCAGAGGGUUAAAAAAAAGUAAAUUAGUAAAGAGUUUUGUAACAGGUUCUAUAUGCUGUAAAUUCUAUGUGUUUAUUAUUCCCUAAUGUACAAAUUGGAGUGUGCUCAAGAGGCUCAUAAAAUCAAGAAAGUGGAUAUAUGCACAACGUGGCUUGACCUCUUUUGCAACAGGCAUCAUCAUGCCUCGAAUUUUCAAUGCUGUUUUCCAGGAAAGCAAUGGAUCAAACAAAUUGCGGGAGAGGUCUAUUAUAUAUCAGGUUAUCUUCCUAAUGUAUGCUCUUUAUCAAAAGGUGCUUUCACAUGUCCCUCAGUUGGCCUAAUGCAAGAGGUUUUCUGGGUUGAUUUGUGAUACAGAAAGGCAUUUUCCCAUGUGUAAAUAAGGAGCAGCUUGGUAUGUGGAAUGGCUGCGGAAAAUUGAAUAAUGUCACAGUGGUUUUCAAGCUUAUCCCUAUUCCAUUGGUCUAGUUUUGUGUGGUGCAUAAGUCCACACUGCUAAUAAAGAAAUAUGGAUAGAGAUUUUAAAGACCUAGGAAACGAUGCAUGUGUUCCUGAACCUCCACUUUAAGUUAAAAGUGUGCAUUAAGCAUAAUCAGAGGAUAGUGGGAAAAGAUUGCACAAUAAGUAAGGGUAAAGUGUCAUAUGUUGCAUUUGAUUACAGAAACAAACCCUUUCUUUACUAGAUGAGAACUUUGCCUGGUAUAAAUCAAGUGUUGCAUUCCUGGAACAAUAUAGAUUUAUAGAGAGAAGCCUGCCUUAGUCUCUAUUCUGCUCCAUAUAAUACAUUGUUUGCAAAUGUAUCUAACUCAAAGGUUCGCUAGCAAAAGUCUGGCAGCCUCUCACACCCAUUAGACAAAGAGGCAUAAAUUUGUCAUUUGAGUUCUGCUGAGACGAUAAGAAUCUGGACUUUAUUCAAGGAUUGGUUAAGCGUUAUAUCUGAAAAGGCCUAAUAUUUGAGCUUCUUUUAUACACUUAGGUGGAGAGAGGAUAUUUUUUCUGAUACCUCUGAUAUUGGUGACAUUUUUGACAAAGGUAAACUGAGGAGAAGGCAUAGCUGUGUUACAUUUCUUUCUGGGGGUACCUGCAGAUGACCUGUUUAUUGAGCACUCAUCCUGAUUUGAUUGCAAGGAGAUUAGAUGAGGUUGGCAUUCAUUCUGGUUUAUUUCCGGUGAGGUUCGAUGAUGUGCCAAAGCAAAUGUUAUCCCACACUUUCCAGUAGGUUUGUUGUGCAAGAACUCCCAAUCAAAUAUAAUUGUGCCUCCUGAAUUUGCCAGUAUGGGAUUGAAUCCCACUCAAAAAUGGUGAGCCUGGAAGCACAUCCCCUGCGUUUCUACUGUAUCCACGUUCAAUAUUUCUGAAUGUGAGUUAUUACUUUAGUAAUUGCACCUGAUAAACCAGCCAUAAUGGCUGUACUCUGCCUCCACAGUUGGAGGCAGCAAUGCUUCUGAAUACCAGUUGUUGGAAAACGCAUGUUGGCUCUUGUGCUUGAAUCCUGCUUGUGGUUUGGCCACUGUGAGAACAGGAUGCUGGACUAGAUAGGCCACUGGCCUGUUCCAGUAGGCUCUUAUGUUCUUAUAAUAGUACAGUGGUACCUCGGGUUACAUACGCUUCAGGUUAUAGACACUUCAGGUUACAGACUCCGCUAACCCAGAAAUAAUACCUCGGGUUAAGAACUUUACCUCAGGAUGAGAACAGAAAUCAUGCGGUGGCGGAGCAGCAGCGGCAGCAACAGGAGGCCCCAUUAGCUAAAGUGGUCCCUCAGGUUAAGAACAGUUUCAGGUUAAGAACGGACCUCCGGAACGAAUUAAGUUCUUAACCCGAGGUACCACUGUAAUGCCCAUGAAUGCAAUCCAGAGUACUUAGGCAUGCUUGUCACUUAUAUUCCAGUGCAGCUAACUCCUUCUAGAUUCUGCUCCAUGCUUAUAUUAAAGAUGUUAAAGGACACUGCUGUAGAGAUAGCCGGCCUGGUCACCAUUUCUCCCUACAUGUUUAGUUCAACUGUUCAUUUGUCUAAAACAAAUCACCUCUGAUAUUCUGGUGCUGAUCCCAGGCCGCCUGCAUUUCCUUCACCAUGGUGCAGCUGCAGAGAAUCCCCACACAGAGGCAGAUUUAGGUGAGCACAAGAAGUUCAGUCAUACUGGGUGCAGAGCCUCAGGGAUGCCUCGGCCCAGUAUACCUGAAGGAGCACCUCCACCCCCAUCGUUCUGCCCAGACGCUGAGGUCCAGUGCCGAGGGCCUUCUGGCGGUUCCCUCAGUGCGAGAAGCAAAGCUACAGGGAACCAGGCAGAGGGCCUUCUCAGUAGUGGCGCCCACCCUGUGGAACGCCCUCCCAUCAGAUGUCAAAGAGAUAAACAACUACCUGACAUUCAGAAGACAUCUUAAGGCAGCCCUGUUCAGGGAAGUUUUUAAUGUAUGACAUAUUAGUGUAUUUUUGGUCUUUGUGGAAGCCACCCACAGUGGCUGGGGAAACCAGCCAGAUGGGCGGGGUACAAAUAAUAAAUUAUUGUUAUUAUUAUUAUUGAUUUAGAAUGGAGUGUGAGAGGUGGAGGGUUGCUGAAUUUUAGUGCCACAGAGGGUGCCUCUGAAAUUUGAGGCCCCAAGGUCCGCCACUGCUCCGCACAAUAGGGUUUAGGAGAAAGGUAUUUGGGAUCAGAAUUUCCAUAUGGAUUUUCACUCUCUUCUACCCAUAAUUAAACAUUGAAUCCUGGAUUUAAAAAAAAGGAGCAGUCUUAGAUCAAUUAAUGCCUUCAUAUAGAAAUGAAAGCCACAGAAGAUAUAGAUAGCUUAGCAACAACUGUUUAUUUAUGUAGAAAGAGCUUACAAUUUGCAUUAAUCAAACAAAAAUGAAAGAGGUAAAUAUAGAAAGGGGGGGAAUAUGGAGCUUAGCUACCAACCCACUUUUCCUUUUCUAAUAUAUACUUUGUGCCAUUUGGUUUCCAAGGAGAAAUUGGCUGUAACUGUUUUCAGCUAUAUGUGUUGCAGAAUAGAUAUAACGCAGUUACAUUCUGAUGAGAUGAGGUUUUAUUAUAAAAAAGGCAGAAAUUAAGUUGAUAGUUCAUUCGCGUAAGGUAGCCUUAGGCAAACUACACUGCCUGCACAGCCAAGAUAACAAGAGACUUCAAAAUCUUUGCUCACUUAAAAAGCGGUGUGGUCAGCCAUAAAGGAAAACUACUUGCUAACCUCCAAAAUGCAUAUCUUAAAACAUUUUUCUUUUUCCAGAUUUUAUUCUUUAGUGUUUAUUUUAAGGGAGGCAAUAGGCAGAUGCCAAGAAGCCAAUUGCAAUUACUGGAUGUAUUGGGACUGGCAUUUCUAGAAGAGAUAUGAAAGAAUUCACCCUAGAGUACAAAGGCCUGGUCUGAUCACCUGCAUUCAAGCAGGAAGCAUUCAGUCAACAGUAUAGGGAAGGAAGUGAAACGCUUGUAAGAUUGGAAAAUAUGAAUUGAUUUACAUGUACAGUGGUACCUCAGGUUACAUACGCUUCAGGUUACAUACGCUUCAGGUUACAGACUCCGCUAACCCAGAAAUAGUACCUCUGGUUAAGAACUUUGCUUCAGGAUGAGAACAUAAAUCGUGCGGCGGCAGCGAGAGGCCCCAUUAGCUAAACUGGUACCUCAGGUUAAGAACAGUUUCAGGUUAAAAUGGACCUCUGGAACGAAUUAAGUUCUUAACCCGAGGUACCACUGUAACUCAAUGUGAACAUAAAAACAUAGCAAGUGAACAUAAAAAUUAAGAGCUCUUCUGGAUUAAUUGCAAACCCCAUCUAGUCCAGAAGCCACUCACGAGGUGCGACAGAGCCACUAUGCUAUCUUCCUGGCAUGUGGGUCACAGUUGCUUACUGGGAGGAAGAGGGGUGUGGGUUGGCCAGUGCAGUUCAAGCACAAACUAGGAAGCUAAUGUAGCAUUUCCACCCUACCCAACUGGUUGGAGAAACAUCCAGAAUGUAAGGGGGGGGAUCUCUUGCACAGCUUACAGUCAUGGAACUGCUUAGUUGAUUUCCCUUGUUCUUGUGCAGAAAUCCCUGUGGGAGACUUGCCCUUAUUGCAUGGAAGAUCGCCACAAUCUGUCCUCCAGUUUCUCAAAAGCUUUCCUCCCCCGUGAAAGAUGCUUUUGUUUUUCUGCUUGUCAGGUCAUUCUAAAAAUUCAUGGUCAAAGGUAGUAUGGAUGUUUUGCUUUCUGCUAAACAUACUCCAGCACCUUGCAGUCUCCCUGUCUGUUCAUCCUCCUUGAACUGGGAAUGCCCCAUUGGAGGAAACACUUCAUAAUGUAUUCCCCUGGGCUUUAAUUGAAUUGCAGGUGUUCAGGAAUGAUGCAGAGUGCAGACCACUUGUGAUACAAUUGUAGAAUGAAAGGACCAUUCAAUCAUUCCUCAUCCUCCUGAAAAUUAAGUAAGCAUGGUGGAAACCCUGUAUAAGAACUGAUGCACUUAACAACCCCUCCCCUAGAAGAACUGGCACAUAUUGAUAGCAAGUGAGACUGGAAAAUAAACUGUGUGGAAAUAAAAAUAUUAACUAAAGGCUUUGUUUUGCGGAAGAUCUGGAAACGAAACGAAAGGCUUUUGGGUGACGCAGUUCUAAUCGGGAUCCGCCAUUAUGAGACAGACUUUGUUGCGAUAUUUACAGUCAAAGGGGGAGGCGAGCCACUGUUCUGUUAUCAUGUUUGAAUUCUAUGUCUGAUCUGGCAAGAACUCCCCUGGAAAGGCUGAUUUAUGGAGCAACUGGUCUGGGAAAAUUAAUGAGCAGACGCUUAGACUUUAUUUCAUCGGAACUGUCGAAAUGGCGCCUGCUGCCCGAAUAGGACUUUUGGAUCAGUGUGAAAUUUCACACAGGAACAUAAUAAUGUUUGCUUCAACUCGCUUGUGGAAACAACUCAGAGGUUAUUAAGAAGAAAAACGAUAACAACAAGAAGAUUGGAAGAUGGGACUUGUGAACAUCAAAGCAGCAGAAAUAUGAGAUGAUUGGACCCUUACUGAGCUCGAAGCAUGGGUACCCCCAACAAAAAUUUUAAAAAUUCGGCAAAAUAUUUGGAUUUUAUGAUUUUAUGAUAUGUGUUGGUAUAAUUCGGAUUAAUUAAUGUGAUAUGAUUGGAUUGUUAAAUGGAAAACUUAAUAAAAAUUAUUUUUUUUAAAAAGAAUUUCAGUGAAAUUUCUUUCUCCUUUGAUAACUUUUGAAUGCAGUUUCCAUUUCUCAUUAAUUAAUGGAAUACAAUAGAAAGGAACACGAGAAUUUUUUGGAACAACUACACAGUUUCCUCUGCUCUUCUCUGCUUGGAAAGAAUGAAGUAAACCUCUAUGGCUGUUUCAAGAUAAAUCCUUGAUGGCAAUUUGUGUUCUUAACAUCUGGGGCAUGUUGUGGUAUUCACAGUGCUUAGCUAAACAAGCACUGAGACAACAGGAGUGUCCCAUUUACAUCUGGUUACUUCUUGGACUGCAGCUUAUCUUUGGUUUAACUGGUAGAUUCAUCAACUAAACUUUAGUUGAUGAUUGGUACAGACCACUUUUAAUCAAGAAUGGCAAAUUUUAAACAGUGCUGCUGUGGGUUAAGGAACAUUUAAUUAAUUGCUUAGGAUAUUUUGGCCCUGAUAUGUUCUUAUAACAGUGAAUGAAAAAGGAAAAAAAUAAAGAUAGUUUCAUAUUCUUUUAAAAAUUAAUUCAUCCCACUAUUUCUUACAAUGCCACAUUGAAACAUAAUGCAAUCAAUUAACCAAGUUAAGCAAUGCAAAGUAUCACAUUGAUGACAAAUCAAAAUAAAAUGACUUAAAGCACACUGCUCUCACUUUCUGAAAAGGGUAUUUAUACUGAUGUCUGUUUAAAUGUAAUCCAUUAAUUGACAAAAGGGAAGAACAUUAGUAAGCUAAAAAUUGCUCAGUCAUUUGGCAGCUCUCGUUAUAAUUAUGUAUGACCAUCUGUAUAUAUUCAGAAUAUAUUCUGAAAACACGUUCUUUUCUUAUCUUUUGGGUGUAGGAGGCAUCAUGUUUUAAGGCACAAUAAUCCAUAUACCUGACCACAUAGCUUUUACAUUUAUCAGAAUUUACCUAGCGUGCCUCCUUGUUUGGAGAUGGGAAUAAAUAUGAAAAGUGGCCCAAUAAAUGAAUCACUUAUUUUGCUAUUUAUUUAUUACAUUUCUAAUCCACACCCCCUCCCAAGUGAGCCGGGGGGUUUUAUGUAAGGAUCAAAGAGCUGCAGAUGGCUUGCAAUUUUCUAAGAACUCAUGUUUCUGGAACCAUGGGGCUUGCUGCUGAAAUUGACAUUUCUGUGCUCUGCUUUCGCAUGACUUUCUGUAAGAUAUUCCAACAGGGACCUAAUGCCAUGACAUGCUUACAUUGUAUUUCCUGUUGCUGCGCCAUAUAAUUCACUGCUGCUAGGGAUGCUUGAUUAAUUAUUAUUUUUCCAAAUUCUGAUUAUGAACUGACCUGUACUUCCUGGAAUAAUGUGCAGGUAACAAUGUAGUUAUCCUUCAGAUUUCACACUUCUUAGCUAAAAAUAACAUAAAAUGCCCUGAAAAUGUGUAUUUUGAGAUUGAAUAUAUUUAGAAAUGCUUAUUUUGAGAGCUAUUUUGUUUUUUUUUAAAAGUAUUUAAAUUUGUAUUUACAUGCAUGUUUUUAUUUUAAAUCACAGAUUAGGCAGGAAGAAGAUGGAAUGAACUAAAGAAUGAACAGAGGUGAAAGGGACAUGUACUGGAAACUGACUACAGUAUUCCGUUCAUCCCUGGCUGUCACUGGUGGGACUGGAGAAAUGCACAAAGCGAAAACCAUAUUGCUGGGUAAGUGUUUCUUUUUUAAUAAUAUUUUUAUUUGAUUUUCAAGAAUAAAGAAAAGAAAGAAAAAGAACAAAAGAGAGAAGAAAUAAAGUUACAUCAAAAUAUCAUAAAAAUUCCACAUACAGUGGUGCCUCGGG